GUCUGUGUCUAGAGAAAGUCCCGGCUGCGUCUCCGUCCCUGUCCAAUCGUAACAUGGACAAAGACCAAGAAGUGAUUACCUGCUAUGAGAAGUCUGGAGACAUCGCCCUGCUCUACCUACAGGAAGUAGAGAAGGUAACCUAGCAACCGGCUGACAUUGGCUUUACUACUGGAUGUGUUGACGGGAGGGAGAAGCUGGAGAUGCUCUAAUCACUUUGACCAAACCAAAUCAUUUUCAGGGGAUCUAGGCUAAUAGUAACAAAAUGACGAACCCUCUUUUAAAAUGACAGUUAAGAUGCAAUACCAAAUAGCGAAGACCAAGGCCCAGCCACCAGUAACUUAACUAAUGUUCUCGGAUAGUUGCUGUUUGACCUUUUAAUGAAUAGAUAUCCUUCCAUGGUGUCUUCAAUAAGCGGAUUGGACUUGGCUGUAAUUAAUAAAUUAGUUAAUUGAUUGGAUUUAUAUAGGGCUUUUUCAGUGCUCAAAGCGGCAACCAUUUUGUGCCAGAACGCUCACCACACAUCAGCUAAUGUUUGGGAUUUGGAUCUGCCUGUGUGCUAGUGCAGUAGUGCAGUAGGCCUAUACCCCAUCUGUAGUGCUGGUGUCUGUAGUAUUAGUACCGUAGUGGUGGAAGGGGGCCAGGUCCAUCAGGCAGGCAGGUCCUGGAGCUGUUCCAAUCUCCAGCAGCAGAUCGAUGCAGCAUCGACAGACUGGCCCAGGGUUUGAUGAUCUUGUUUUCUGACCUUGGCUGCUGUUUUAAUCAGCAACUUUUUUCUCCACUCUGAUUUGUUCUGCCAACAGGUUUUUCCCCUACAUUUGUUUUUCUCUCUUUCUGGGUGCUCUGUGUUUCUCCCUCUCUGUUUCUCUCUAUCUCUCUGCUCGCUCUCUUGCUGUCUCUCCCCCCCCCCCAUUCUGGUUUGUCAAAGAUAAAAUUGGUUGUCACAUUUUGCUGAGUCAUCACUUGCCAUUGUCUACAAUGCAUUAUGAAAAUGUGUCUAAAGCUUGGUAGAAGAUGCUCCAAAACAAUCCAAACCAACUCAUAUAACAUCACAAUCCCAUUCUGAAUGAUGUCUCUGCACUCAAUUUUAGAAAUGUUUUUCCACAGUACCAUAAAUCCAUGUAUGAAUGAUGCUGUUAACAACAACAACAACGACAACAACAACAACAACAAGAUGCAAAUAUGGAUUUAUGGGACAGUGGAUUUUUUUUCUAAACAUUGAGUGCCAAGACAUCCAUAAUGGGAUUCUAAUGGCAAGUGAUGAAUCAGCAAAAUGUGACAACUGAUUUCCUCUGUAACAAAACCAAAUAAAAAAAUGUUUUAAGCAUUUGGGGGAUCAACUACAAGCACAGAAAGAGUGGAAAUAAGGCCAUGUAAAAAUGGGUGAGCUUCCUCUUUAAGUGGUUUAUAGAUGGCCGGUGUCCUUAGUUGAUUCAUUUGGCCCAUUUUGGGCUCAUGGUGUCAUUUUAGUGACCAAGCCUCCGGAUAGAGCUGUGUUGUUGUUCCAAAAUGUCAUGAAACUGAAUCGGCUAUUUGAAUUCAAUAUUGAAACUCUAAUCUAGUGGCAUCGAUUCACUCCCCCAAAUAGCCAACCCCCCCAAAUAACCCUCCGCCUCCCUGUAACUGAACCAGCAGCUGAUUCCAUCCAGCAUGCAAAGAGACACUGGUACAACACCCAGGAGAUGAAUAGGUCAACAGCACUACAGCCAGGUGUUGAUCUUGGGCCUAUUUAUCACUCCUGCUCAUCUCCACACCAGGCUAGUACCACUUUGUUCUGUUCUGCUCUGUUCUGCUGGCUUACAUAAGGCUGGGCUGCUAUAAGCUCUCUGCCUCUCUCUCUCUGCUUUUCUCUCUGCCUCUUUUUCUGCCUCGCUCUCUCUCUCUCUCCCUCUCAGUCGAUCAUGUGCCAGGCAGGCAGCACAAGGUACUGUGAGGACACUAGCUACCUGCUGCUGGAUGAAAUGAUUUCAUCUGUUUGACAGACAGGGAGGAGAGGAGAGUUGGAACACAAUGGGGCCCGUCUGGUUGGACUGAUGGAGAGAAAAUAGGGAGAGGACAGGCAUAGGAGGGUGAAGAGAGGAGAGGGGGAUGGUGAGAAGAGAGGAGCAGCCAUGGUUCUUUCAUCUGCCCACUCUCCUCUUCUCUCUCUUUCCUUCUAGUCCUAUUAUUAUAUCAUGUUAUCUUGGUUGUGUUUUCUUAUCUCUCUGAUUAUCGCUCUGAUUGGAGCGUUAGGCUGAUUUUAUGUAUUGUGUAUACAGUAUGAUAAUCUAUUGUUUUUUUGUUUUUUGGGGGGUAGAUCAGCUUUAAUAUUGCAGAUAGAUUGUAACUUCCAUCAAUGUAAUUGUCUGCAUCACUUCCAAUCCCCCAUAUGUUUUUAUUUCUCGCAUAUAUAUAUAUAUAUAUAUAUACAGUGGGGAGAACAAGUAUUUGAUACACUGCCGAUUUUGCAGGUUUUCCUACUUACAAAGCAUGUAGAGGUCUGUAAUUUUUAUCAUAGGUACACUUCAACUGUGAGAGACGGAAUCUAAAACAAAAAUCCAGAAAAUCACAUUGUAUGAUUUUUAAGUAAUUCAUUUGCAUUUUAUUGCAUGACAUAAGUAUUUGAUACAUCAGAAAAGCAGAACUUAAUAUUUGGUACAGAAACCUUUGUUUGCAAUUACAGAGAUCAUACGUUUCCUGUAGGUCUUGACCAAGUUUGCACACACUGCAGCAGGGAUUUUGGCCCACUCCUCCAUACAGACCUUCUCCAGAUCCUUCAGGUUUCGGGGCUGUCGCUGGGCAAUACAGACUUUCAGCUCCCUCCAAAGAUUUUCUAUUGGGUUCAGGUCUGGAGACUGGCUAGGCCACUCCAGGACCUUGAGAUGCUUCUUACGGAGUCACUCCUUAGUUGCCCUGGCUGUGUGUUUCGGGUCGUUGUCAUGCUGGAAGACCCAGCCACGACCCAUCUUCAAUGCUCUUACUGAGGGAAGGAGGUUGUUGGCCAAGAUCUCGCGAUACAUGGCCCCAUCCAUCCUCCCCUCAAUACGGUGCAGUCGUCCUGUCCCCUUUGCAGAAAAGCAUCCCCAAAGAAUGAUGUUUCCACCUCCAUGCUUCACGGUUGGGAUGGUGUUCUUGGGGUUGUACUCAUCCUUCUUCUUCCUCCAAACACGGCGAGUGAAGUUUAGACCAAAAAGCUCUAUUUUUGUCUCAUCAGACCACAUGACCUUCUCCCAUUCCACCUCUGGAUGAUCCAGAUGGUCAUUGGCAAACUUCAGACGGGCCUGGACAUGUGCUGGCUUGAGCAGGGGGACCUUGCGUGCGCUGCAGGAUUUUAAUCCAUGACGGCGUAGUGUGUUACUAAUUGUUUUCUUUGAGACUGUGAUCCCAGCUCUCUUCAGGUCAUUGACUAGGUCCUGCAGUGUAGUUCUGGGCUGAUCCCUCACCUUCCUCAUGAUCAUUGAUGCCCCACGAGGUGAGAUCUUGCAUGGAGCCCCAGACCGAGGGUGAUUGACCGUCAUCUUGUACUUCUUCCAUUUUCUAAUAAUUGCGCCAACAGUUGUUGCCUUCUCACCAAGCUGCUUGCCUAUUGUCCUGUAGCCCAUCCCAGCAUUGUGCAUGUCUACAAUUUUAUCCCUGAUGUCCUUACACAGCUCUCUGGUCUUGGCCAUUGUGGAGAGGUUGGAGUCUGUUUGAUUGAGUGUGUGGACAGGUGUCUUUUAUACAGGUAACGAGUUCAAACAGGUGCAGUUAAUACAGGUAAUGAGUGGAGAACAGGAGGGCUUCUUAAAGAAAAACUAACAGGUCUGUGAGAGCCAGAAUUCUUACUGGUUGGUAGGUGAUCAAAUACUUAUGUCAUGCAAUAAAAUGCAAAUGAAUUACUUAAAAAUCAUACAAUGUGAUUUUCUGCAUUUUUGUUUUAGAUUCCGUCUCUCACAGUUGAAGUGUACCUAUGAUAACAAUUACAGACCUCUACAUGCUUUGUAAGUAGGAAAACCUGCAAAAUCGGCAGUGUAUCAAAUACUUGUUCUCCCCACUGUAUAUAUAUAUAUAUAUAUACAGUUGAAGUCAGAAGUUUACAUACACCUCAGCCAAAUACAUUUAAAUUCAGUUUUUCACAAUUUCUGACAUUUAAUCCUAGUAAAAAUUCCCUAUCUUAGGUCAGUUAGGAUCACCACUUUAUUUUAAGAAUGUGAAAUGUCAGAAUAAUAGUAGAGAGAAUGAUUUAUUUCAGCUUUUAUUUAUUUUAUCACAUUCCCAGUGGGUCAGAAGUUUACAUACACUCAAUUAGUAUUUGGUAGCAUUGCCUUUAAAUUGUUUAACUUGGGUUAAACGUUUCGGGUAGCCUUCCACAAGCUUCCCACAAUAAGUUGAGUGAAUUUUGGCCCAUUCCUCCUGACAGAGCUGGUGUAACUGAGUCAGGUUUGUAGGCCUCCUUGCUCGCACAUGCUUUUUCAGUUCUUCCCACAAAUUUUCCUUCCUCAUAAUGCCAUCUAUUUUGUGAAGUGCACCAGUCCCUCCUGCAGCAAAGCACCCCCACAGCAUGAUGCUGCCACCCCCGUGCUUCACGGUUGGGAUGGUGUUCUUCGGCUUGCAAGCAUCCCCCUUUUACCCUCCAAACAAAACAAUGGUCAUUAUGGGCAAACAGUUCUAUUUGUGUUUCAUCAGACCACAGGACAUUUCUCCAAAAAGUACGAUCUUUGUCCCCAUGUGCAGUUGCAAACCGUAGUCUGGCUUUUUUUUUGGCGGUUUUGGAGCAGUGGCUUCUUCCUUGCUGAGCGGCCUUUCAGGUUAUGUCGAUAUAGGACUCGUUUUACUGUGGAUAUAGAUACUUUUGUACCUGUUUCCUCCAGCAUCUUCACAAGGUCCUUUGCUGUUGUUCUGGGAUUGAUUUUCACUUUUUGCACCAAAGUACGUUCAUCUCUAGGAGACAGAACGCGUCUCCUUCCUGAGCGGUAUGACGGCUGCGCGGUCCCAUGGUGUUUAUACUUGCGUACUAUUGUUUGUACAGAUGAACGUGGUACCUUCAGGCGUUUGGAAAUUGCUCCCAAGGAUGAACCAGACUUGUGGAGGUCUACAAUUCUUUUUCCUGAAGUCUUGGCUGAUUUAUUUUGAUUUUUCCCAUGAUGUCAAGCAAAGAGGCACUGAGUUUGAAGGUAGGCCUUGAAAUACAUCCACAGGUACACCUCCAAUUGACUCAAAUGAUGUCAAUUAGCCUAUCAGAAGCUUCUAAAGCCAUGACAUCAUUUUCUGGAAUUUUCCAAGUUGUUUAAAGGCACAGUCAACAGUGUAUGUAAACUUCUGACCCACUGGAAUUGUGAUACAGUGAAUUAUAAGUGAAAUAAUCUGUCUGUAAACAAUUGUUGGAAAAAUUACUUGUGUCAUGCACAAAGUAGAUGUCCUAACCGACUUGCCAAAACUAUAGUUUGUUAACAAGACAUUUGUGGAGUGGUUGAAAAACGAGUUUUAAUGACUCCAACCUAAGUGUAUGUAAACUUCCGACUUCAACUGUACAUAUACAUACAUACAUACAUACAUACAUACAUACAUACAUACAUACAUACAUACAUACAUACAUACAUACAUACAUACAUACAUACAUACAUACAUACAUACAUAUACAUAUAUAUAUACAUAUCCUUUAAAAAUAUAUAUUUCCCUUUAUUACUUUCCAAACCCACGACCCCUUCCUUAAUUGGAGUACACUAGUGAACAACAACGCUUAGGCCUCUACUUCCAGCUUACACAUACUAUAUACAUUUUAUGGACACAGUCAAUUUUACAAUAAUUAUAUUUUGUUUGUUUUUACUCCUGAACUUCCUCUACCCUCAACCUCUCCGAUCAUUUUCAUGAUGUCCAUCCGGUUUGCUUCUAUAUGCCAUUUCUUUCUAACUGUGCUCUUUCACAAAAGCUCUCAACCUAUAACCUAUAUACUUAUUAUGGACACAGUAUGCUUUACAUUAGUUAUCUUGUUGUUAUUAGUUGUUGUUAGUUUUUAUUAGUCCCAUCCUUCAGCUCCAUUCAACACCUCCCAUCUAUCUCUUAACACCAUCCUUAUUGGAUUUCUAUUUGCCAUAUAUUUUUACUGUACUGUGAUGUUUCACAAAAGUUCUGAACCCUUCUAUUCUCAUUGUUUCUACAGAUUGUAAAUUGAAAAUAAACAUUUUUGCUAAAAGUAUUAUUAUAUUAUUGAUCGAUUGACUAUGACUUUUCAGAUCACCCAGUAGUGCUAUCUGCAGGGUUAGCUCCAGGUAAAUAUUGCAAUCCUUCAGCCAUUCCUGGACCUAUGACCAAAAACAAGAUACAAAUGGACAGUAUCAAAACAAAUGAUCUAAUGAUUCUGUCUCUUCGCAGCAAAAUCUGCAGAGCUGGGAAGAUUGUAUCCCCCAUAUGAAUAACACUCUAUUGGUAGCAAGAAUUUUGUAUAAUAAUUUAAAUUGAAAAAUUCGAAGUGUUGAAUCCGGCGUCGUUUUGCGUGUCAGUUCAUAAACACUAUGCCAUGCAAUCGGUAAGUCAAAAAUCUCUUCCCAACUAUUUUGCAAUCUAUAUGGGACGGCUGUCAAUCCUUUGGUCCUUAAAUGAAACUGUUCCUUACUUUUUCCCCCUUCCACUUUCCUCUUCCAUUUUUGCGGUAAUGCUGCAAUUAUUUGGUUGUAAUUUUGGGUAGAGCAGACAUUUCCAUAUGUUUUUGUUAGCUGCAUGUGCGACAACUCCACCAGUCCUACCUAUGAUAUCAUUUACGAAGAUUAUACCCUUUUUAAUUUUUUUUUCAAAAAAUAAUGUUUUUUUUAAUCAAUUAGUAUAUUUGAGUUUAACCACUAUUUGUUGCAUUAUUUGUUCUGUCGUUUCUGGAGGAUUAAAGUGAAAUUGCAACCAACUUUAUAUGGCUUGUUUUAGAAAUAGUGAUAUUUGGGAGAUUAUUUCCUUUUCAAAUAACUGAAUGUGAGAGGUUGUAAUCUGAAUUAAGGGGUAAAAGGCCAUUCUUGUACAUGGGGUGAGACAAUCUUACUAAUUUGCUAGAGAACCAGUUUGGAUUUAAGUAUAACUUUUGUAUGACUGAACUUUUAGUGAUAGGUCUAAUGCUUUAAUAUUUAAUAAUUUCUGUCUUCCGAAUUCAUUUUCAUUAUAUAAAUAGGCCCUGUUUAAUUUUGUCUGGCUUCCUGUUCCAAAUAAAAUGGAAUCUUUUUUUCUCAUAGAAUUUAAUAAACUGUUUGCUAGGCGUAGGCAAGACCAUAAGCAAAUAGGUAUACUGGCAUAAUACUAAAUAAUUAAUCAGAUAGAUUUUUCCACAAAUAGACAGGUAUUUAAUUUAGCUAACUUUCUAUUAAAAUGUAUUGGAGUGAGAUCGUUUAUUUCAUUUGGGAUAUGUAUUCCGAGUAUAUCCACAUCACCAUCAGACUAUUUUAUUGGUAAACUACAUGGUAAUGUAAACAUUGUAUUUUUUUUGUGAUCCAAUAUGUAAUAUAGUACAUUUAUCAUAAUUUGGUUGUAAUCCAGAGAAGUUAGAAAAUGUAUCUAGAUCCUCUUGAGGCUGUGGAGGGAUUGAAGUUGUGGGGAAAAAAAAAAACAUGAAUCAUCAGCUUACAAUGACACCUUUGUUUUUAAGCCCUGGAUCUCUAAUCCCUUGAUAUUAUUGUUGGAUCUGAUUUUAAUAGCUAACAUUUCGAUGGCCAUAAUAAAUAGAUAUGCCGAUAGUGGACAACCUUGUUUUACUCCUCUUGACAGUUUAAAACUUUCUGAUAAAUAGCCAUUAUUUACUAUUUUACACAUGAGAUUCUUCAAAAUUGAAAUGCUCCAGGCAUUUAUAUAUAAACUCCAGUCGUACUUUAUCAAAUGCCUUUUGAAAGUCUGCUAUGAAUAGCAGGCCUGGAUUCCCAGAUUUUUCAUAGUGUUCUAUUGUUUCCAGUACUUGCCUUAUAUUAUCUCCAAUGUAUCGUCCAUGUAAAAAACAUGUCUAAUUAGAAUGAAUAAUGUCCGACAAUACCUUUUUUUAUUCUAUGCACUAUACAUUUAGCUAGAAUUGAAGUGUAAGGGGCCUCCAAUUUUUUAAAUGGACUGGAUCUUUAUAUUUCCCACUUGUAUCCUGUUUCAGUAAUAAUGAAAUCAGACCUUCUUCUUGAGUGUCUGAUAAUCUACCAUUUACAUAGGAGUGGUUAAAACAUGCUAUAAUAACGGUCCUCUGAAUAUAUAUCAAAAAAGGUUUGGUAUACCUCGACUGGUAUGCCAUCCAACCCUGGAGUUUUCCCGGGCUUAAAGUCUUUAAUUGCAUCCAGAAGUUCCUCCUCUGUAAUUUCACCUUCACAUGAGUCUUUCUGUAUGGCUGUUAAUUUUACAUUAUCAAUAGAAAAAAAAUCCCUACAAUUAGCUUCAGUGAGAGGAGAUGGAGGUGACUGAAACCAAAACAUAUGCUUAAAGUACUUUGCUUCUCUUGAUAUAAUCUAUUGUUAAUGCCCAAUGUGAUCACUAGGCUGACUUUGUUCUCUGCGUCUUCAAGCGUCCACAGCAGACUGAUCCUAGACCAGUGUGUUACCUGUGCUGUGUGUUUUGAGAAGUGGCUCCAAUGUUCCAGACCCUGUUCUCAGGUCAGUUUUGUGUGUUUCAGGCCCUCAGUUCGGGGUUGCAGAACCGCAGUCCAAAGCCAGGCCCAGUGGCCCAAGAGCAGGAGCUGGGAUACUUCCUGGAGACUGGACUUCAGAGGGCACAUGUCAUCCACUUCAAAAACGGGUAAGAGAGAGAGAGAGAGGGCAUGUUUGUGUGUGUGUGUGUGGAAUACUCCUACACUGACAUCUAGGCUGGUAAUAAUAAUUAUCACUAACCCACUGUGUGUGUUGCUCCUCCACUGUCACUCUUCCCUGCUCUCUGCUCCACACUCUUUCCUCCAAUCCAAGGGUCUGUUUGUCUCAGGACAGAUAGUAGGUAUUCCUCCUCUCCUCUCUGCCCUAGAAUAGCACAGUGUGUGGGUUACAACCCCCCCCCCCCCCCCCCCCCAGGGUGGGAUGGAGCCUGAAGUCCAUAGCUGCUGUGGUUUGAUCUAGUUAGCCAUAGUUUGGUACCUGCCGGCAAGCUCCCCUGUAGGUUAGAGCAGUAGCGUGUGUGUGACUAGCUAGAUCUGUUGAUAUGGAAGUAAUGCUCCUAGGAUGUGGUGGUAAAGCUCUGUGUGUUUGUGUGUGUGUGCUGGCUGUGUUUCAAUCAGGAUGAUGACCUCCUCCCUCUCGUAGCCCCGCCCCCAUACUGACAUCAUGACCUCCACUAUCCCAGCAUGCUUAGAGCUCAUCUCACAACCAUACCUAGGUUGCAUCCUAAAUGGCCAAGAGCCUAUAGGGCUCUGGACAAAAGUAAUGCACUUGAUAGAGAAAAUUGUGCCAUUUAGUAUGCACACCUUUUCUUAAACCUUUUCUUAAUCGCUCCUUUUACAAUUGUUCAAUUCCCAUACAUUAAUUAUUUAUCUCUCAUGGAAGUUAUGUGGAACUUGAUCUUCUCAUUUUAAUACAGCUACAUAUUAAAUCCACCAUUAAAUUCUCCUCAAGCACCCAUCCUUACCACAGUCUGCCUGGAAAACACUUGUUGUGUCCCAAAGGGCACACUAUACCCUAUAUAGUGCACUACUUUUGAUGAGGGCCCAUAGGGCUCUGGUCUAAAGUAGUGCACUAUAUAGGGAAUAGGGUGCCAUUUGGUACACAAUAUAGGGAAUAGGGUGCCAUUUGGUACACACGCAAUGUUAUAGAGCAAGGUCGAUUUUUCACUUGGAAAAUAGAGGAAACUGCUUCCCACUUCAAAGCAAGAGAGAAGAGAUAAAAAGAAAAGGCUGCUGCUGAAGCGAAUAGUUAAUAGAUGAUGCAACAUGGUGUCUCUCAUGUCGAAAGCGUCAUAUCUUCACCUACACUCAGCCUCCCCCUCCACACAGCUCUCUCUCGCUCACUCUCACUAAUAAAACAACAUAGGACAUACACACACACACACUGGUAUAGUGGUGGAAAGACAUAUACACCACACACACACUGGUAUAGUGGUGGAAAGACAUAUACACCACACACACACUGGUAUAGUGGUGGAAAGACAUAUACACCACACACACACUGGUAUAGUGGUGGAAAGACAUAUACACCACACACACACUGGUAUAGUGGUGGAAAGACAUAUACACCACACACACACUGGUAUAGUGGUGGAAAGACAUAUACACCACACACACACUGGUAUAGUGGUGGAAAGACAUAUACACCACACACACAGUUUACACACACUUCCCACAGCAUUUCAAGUGGGAAGGUGCUUUUCCUGUCAUCGAAUGCCAAUGCUAAAAAGGGAACGUCUUCAGUAAAUAGCCAGCUGCAUACAUGGCUAAUGUGUAAACUGUGAAUAGCGGUAAUUUUCUGUGGCUAAGGGUGUCUGCUAAGCUCAUGAAUAAUGCAGUAGCAUUCCUGCCUGUGAAUCUCGUGCUGCUCUCUCUGCUCAUAUAUGUUUGAGGAUCCAAAUAAAAACAAAUCUUACAGCAUUUUUUAUUAUCAUUAUUUUCCCUCUUUGUAAAGUGGUCAAGCAUGGUUGUAGUGUAUGAGGAGGAUGUCUUUUGUACUGGGCAUGGCACAAGGCAAUUCUUCAUACUAUGCCUUUAAUAAUAUGUCUUCAUAACAAUAUGCCUUUAUUGAAGUGUCAUGUUAAAUAGAACAGAUAAAAAAGAAUCUUGGCCUUAGUCAGGGAGUGAUUUCUGAUUUCCUACAGAGGAAAAGGUUUGGUUGGUUGGAUAAGAGUCUGUCUAGCGUACAAAUGAACUAACUGGAUGGAUGCAAGGGUUGCGUCCCAAAUGGUACCCUAGUUCUAUAUAGUGCACUACGUUCGACCAUAGGCCAAAAUCAAAAUUAGUGCACUACAUGGGGAAUAGGUUGCCAUUUUGGACAAAUACAUGGUCUGUGCUUCCUCACUUCUUAUUAGCAAAUCAAGUCUUAGAAUGCUGCAGUCAUGCAAUUACUCCCCCCCCCCCCCCCCCACACACACACACAGAUUCCUUCCUGCCUAUCUCCUUACUGUCAGUGCUGUAUUGAUUUGAGCUGAUUUAUGAAAAUGAGGCCUGACAGCAAAUACGCAUUACGCCUUUGACGCCCUCAUUUGCCACCACGUUACACACACACACACACACACACACACACACACACACACACACAUAAGCCACCAAGGAUUCUGAUGUACUCCCAUGUAAUGAACACCCGCGCCAAGCAUACCAAUGAAAGACCGCAAAACCUACCCACCACGUUAACACACACUAUAAGAAAUUGCCUAGUUUACUCAUGACACACACACACAUACAAAGACAAUCGACCAAAACCAAAGCUAGCUUAGCGUCUGUACAUUACACUUUUUCAGAAGUGUACAUUGGGGUUCUAGUGUGAGCGGUGGUCAAGCUGUCGGUUAGCUCUACAGAUAUGUGACGUGGCAGUCACUAAGUGAAGCUGACACUUUGCUCUCUCUCCCCCACCAUCACCCGCCUGUUCACCACACAUUUAGAUGGAGCUAUUUAUUCAGCAUUUUUCUGCUUCUAUUUGCACUUCCUCCUCCGUAGCCUGGGGCUGUAUUCUGUUUUCCUACCCUCCUCUCUUCUCCCUGGUCAUUGGGACAGGAAGAUAGGGGGAGGAGCCACUUGGAACUGGGCCGUUCUCUCGUCUGGUGUUACCGGGCAGUUUAGCACUCGGAGCUGAACCCUAGUCAGCAGCUCUCCAAAGUUAGUGUGACUCAUCGAUAACACAACAAAUGCUCACGUGCACAUAAGAUACUUUCUUGCGUGACGAACAUAAACACAUCACCAUCCCAUGAUGGUGUGAUGCAGUCAGAUAAUGCAUGUGAAAGGUGUGUGCUUGUGCGUGUGUGUGUUGUCAGUUCAGUGGGGGAGUGUUAGCUGAGUAGGUGUGUCAACAUUGCAGUGUGUCUGAUCCAUAGAGAAGUGUUGAGCCAUGGUAUUGACACCUCCCAUCAACUGACUCCCUCACACACUAAUGACCAUACCAGCUCAGUGACACACAAGCACACACACUGAUAUGCGCAUAUUCACUGUUAUUUAUAGGAAAUCUAUGUUUGUAAAGGUCUAUAAUUCUGAGGACAGAGAUUUUCUCAGAAUAAUCUAUUUUCAGCAUGGUCUGUAUUCGGUAUGGGUACAAUAUUUACAUUUUUAGUCAUUUAGCAGACGCUCUUAUCCAGAGCGACUUACAGUUAGCGAGUGCAUACAUCAUUUCAUACUGGCCCCCCGUGGGAGUCGAACCCACAACCCUGGUGUUGCAAGUGCCGUGCUCUACCAACUGAGCUACACGGGACAAUAUGUAUCCACACUAUCACUACUAUAUAUAAUAUGUAUCCACACUAUCACUACUAUAUAUAAUAUGUAUCCACACUAUCACUACUUUAUAUAAUCUGUAUCCACACUAUCACUACUAUAUAUAAUAUGUAUCCACACUAUCACUACUAUAUAUAAUCUGUAUCCACACUAUCACUACUAUAUAUAAUCUGUAUCCACACUAUCACUACUAUAUAUAAUCUGUAUCCACACUAUCACUACUAUAUACACUGCUCAAAAAAAUAAAGGGAACACUUAAACAACACAAUGUAACUCCAAGUCAAUCACACUUCUGUGAAAUCAAACUGUCCACUUAGGAAGCAACACUGAUUGACAAUACAUUUCACAUGCUGUUGUGCAAAUGGCAUAGACAACAGGUGGAAAGUAUAGGCAAUUAGCAAGACACCCCCAAUAAAGGACUGGUUUUGCAGGUGGUGAACACAGACCACUUCUCAGUUCCUAUGCUUCCUGGCUGAUGUUUUGGUCACUUUUGAAUGCUGGCGGUGCUUUCACUCUAGUGGUAGCAUGAGACUGAGUCUACAACCCACACAAGUGGCUCAGGUAGUGCAGCUCAUCCAGGAGGGCACAUCAAUGCGAGCUGUGGCAAGAAGGUUUGCUGUGUCUGUCAGCGUAGUGUCCAGAGCAUGGAGGCGCUACCAGGAGACAGGCCAGUACAUCAGGAGACGUGGAGGAGGCCGUAGGAGGGCAACAACCCAGCAGCAGGACUGCUACCUCCGCCUUUGUGCAAGGAGGAGCAGGAGGAGCACUGCCAGAGCCCUGCAAAAUGACCUCCAGCAGGCCACAAAUGUGCAUGUGUCUGCUCAAACGGUCAGAAACAGACUCCAUGAGGGUGGUAUGAGGGCCCGACGUCCACAGGUGGGGGUUGUGCUUACAGCCCAACACCGUGCAGGACGUUUGGCAUUUGCCAGAGAACACCAAGAUUGGCAAAUUCGCCACUGGCGCCCUGUGCUCUUCACAGAUGAAAGCAGGUUCACAUGUGACAGACGUGACAGAGUCUGGAGACGCCGUGGAGAACGUUCUGCUGCCUGCAACAUCCUCCAGUAUGACCGGUUUGGCAGUGGGUCAGUCAUGGUGUGGGGUGGCAUUUCUUUGGGGGUCUGCACAGCCCUCCAUGUGCUCGCCAGAGGUAGCCUGACUGCCAUUAGGUACCGAGAUGAGAUCCUCAGACCCCUUGUGAGACCAUAUGCUGGUGCGGUUGGCCCUGGGUUCCUCCUAAUGCAAGACAAUGCUAGACCUCAUGUGGCUGGAGUGUGUCAGCAGUUCCUGCAAGAGGAAGGCAUUGAUGCUAUGGACUGGCCCGCCCGUUCCCCAGACCUGAAUCCAAUUGAGCACAUCUGGGACAUCAUGUCUCACUCCAUCCACCAACGCCACGUUGCACCACAGACUGUCCAGGAGUUGGCGGAUGCUUUAGUCCAGGUCUGGGAGGAGAUCCCUCAGGAGACCAUCCGCCACCUCAUCAGGAGCAUGCCCAGGCGUUGUAGGGAGGUCAUACAGGCACGUGGAGGCCACACACACUACUGAGCCUCAUUUUGACUUGUUUUAAGGACAUUACAUCAAAGUUGGAUCAGCCUGUAGUGUGGUUUUACACUUUAAUUUUGAGGGUGACUCCAAAUCCAGACCUCCAUGGGUUGAUACAUUUGAUUUCCAUUGAUAAUUUUUGUGUGAUUUUGUUGUCAGAACAUUAAACUAUGUAAAGAAAAAAGUAUUUAAUAAGAUUAUUUCAUUCAUUCAGAUCUAGGAUGUGUUAUUUUAGUGUUCCCUUUAUUUUUUUGAGCAGUGUAUAAUCUGUAUCCACACUAUCACCACUAUAUAUCAUCUUUAUCUACUAUCAGUGCUUUGAAAAAGUAUUUGCCCCCUUUCUAGUUUUCUGUACUUUUACAUAUUUUUUUAUACUGAAUGUUAUCAGAUCUUCAACGAAAACCUAAUAUUAGAUAAAGGGAACCUAAGUGAACAAAUAACACAAAAAUUACAUACUUAUAUCAUUUAUUUCAUAAACAAAGUUAUGCAACACCCAAUGCCUCUGUGUGAAAAGUAAUUGACCCCUUACACUCAAUAACUGGUUGUGCCACCUUUAGCUACAAUGACGCCAACCAAACGCUUCCUGUAGUUGUUGAUAAGUCUGUCACAUCGCUAUGGAGGAAUAUUGGUGUAAGGUUCUUAGUGUGGAAUGCAGUGUUUGGUUUUCGCCAGGCAUAAUAGGACCCAUGUCAUCCAAAAAGUUAUACUUUUGACUCAUCUGUCCAUAGAAAAUUCUUCCAAGAGUUUUGAUGAUCAUCCAGGUCCUUCCAGGUGCUUUUUGGCAAACUUGAGUCAACUUUUUGGACGAGAUGGGUCCCAUUUAUGUCUGGCGAAAACCAAACACUGCAUUCCACAGUAAGAACCUCAUACCAACAGUCAAGCAUGCUGGUGGUAGAGUGAUGGCUUGAGGAUGCUUUGCUGCCUCAGGACCUGUACAACUUGCCUUAAUAGAAGGAACCAUGAAUUCUGCUCUGUAUCAGAGAAUUCUACAGGAGAAUGUCAGGCCAUCCGUCUGUGAGUCUGAAACUGAAGCGCAGCUGGGUCAUGCAGCAAGACAAUGGUCCAAAACACACAAUCAAGUCUACAUGAAAAUGGUUAAAAAGUAACACAUUUGAAGUUUUGGAAUGGCCUAGUCAAAGUCCAGACCUAUUCCCAUUUGAGAUGUUGUGGCAGGACUUGAAACGAGCCGUUCAUGCUUGAAAACCCACAAAUGUUGCUGAGUUAAAGCAGUUCUACAUGCAAGAGUGGGCCAAAAUUCCUCCACAGCGAUGUGAGAGACUGAUCAACAACUAGGAAGCAUUUGGUUGCAGACAUUGCAGCUAAAGGUGGCACAACCAGUUAGUGAGUGUAAGGGGGCAAUUACUUUUUCACAUAGGGGAAUUGGGUGUUGCAUAACUUUUUUAAUUAAAUAAAUAAAAUAAGUAUAACUUUUUUUGUUAUUUGUAAACUCAGGUUCCCUUUAUCUAAUAUGAAAUUUUGGUUGAAGAUCUGAUAACAUUCAGUAUCAAAAAUAGAGAAAAUCAGAAAGGAGCAAAUACUUUUCACGGCACUGUAUAUCAUCUGUAUCUACUAUCACCACUACAUAUCAUCUGUAUCUACUAUCACCACUACAUAUCAUCUGUAUCUACUAUCACCACUACAUAUCAUCGGUAUCUACUAUCACCACUACAUAUCAUCGGUAUCUACUAUCACCACUACAUAUCAUCUGUAUCUACUAUCACCACUACAUAUCAUCUGUAUCUACUAUCACCACUACAUAUCAUCUGUAUCUACUAUCACCACUAUAUAUCAUCUGUAUCUACUAUCACCACUAUAUAUAAUCUGUGGCCUCAGAUUUCCAGUACAUUCCUCCAUACUUUAGAGACAGAUGAUGACAUAAUGAUAUUUGUUGUUGCCGCAGUAAUCUGACCCGGGGAGUGGGCCGCUUCCGGGAGAUCCUCCGAGCUGUAGAGACCAGGACCACACAGAACCUACGAAUGGUGGGUACUAGUGUGUGUCUGUGUGCAGUGUUCCUCCGUGUGUGUGUGCCUGUAUGUGUGUGAGUGUGUGCUUGCCCGCACGUGCACCCCUGUGCUGUAACACUGUAUAUGUGUAUGUGUUUCCCUUUGUAGACCAUAGCGCGACAGCUAGCAGAGAUCCUGCUGAGGGGGAUGUGUGAGCAGAGCUACUGGAGUCCUCUGGAGGACCCUCCCAGCCAGUCCCCCCUGGACGACCCUCUACUACGCCAGGGAGCCCCCUACACCAAGGACUACGCCCUCAGCCGCAGGCCACGUGUCUACUCCGGAGAGAAGUACGGACCAACCUCUGUCUGUCUACUGUCUCUCUCUUUCUCUUUUCUUCUCUCUCUCUCUCUCGCUCGCUCUGGCUGUCUUUUUCACUACUGUGUUGCAUUAGAAAGCCCUUUCCAGACUUUAAUUGAUACUCUCAUAAUACUAGCCUGUGUACAGACAACACAAUCCAUGUGUGUAUCUACAUUGGCAAAAUCUGACACUCCUAGGCAGCUUACGUACACAUGAAAAUCCCAUGUUACGCUGGCUUGUAAACCAAGCUGAGCUGACUGUGGUGGUUUUCAGGCACUGUCUCUACAAUCGGUUGCUAACUAUCUCUCCCUCUGUUUCUCUAUUGCCCUCUCUUUCCCUCUUGCCUCUUGCCCCUCUCUCUCUCCUCAGUCUGUUUUGUCCACAGGAAAACACAGAAGAGGCUCUGCUCCUGUUGCUGAUCAGUGAAUCUAUGGUAAGUCUACAUACACACCUUUUAUCCCUCUAUCCUGGCAGGUUGAUUCAUCUUUCAGGUCACAUACUUUUUCAACAAUAAAACAGAACUCCCUUUGUUCUAAUGUUGAUGCAUUCAAAGUUAAUUUAUUUUUUCUCUCAGUCACACCAACUGUUUAAUUCAGUAGAGUUUCCCCAUCACACUCCAAAGGCAAGGCAAAGCAAUGCAUUGAAGUCCAUGUUUGGAAGCCCUACUUUUUCAUCUUUUUUUCCUUUGGUCCAUUAGUUAAAAGGGUGUUAGAUUUCCAUGCUGUUAGCUUUUCCCUUCUAAUGGGUGCUUAUAAAAUCAGGGGCCCCAAUCAUCCUGUUUUCUGCCCAGUCAAACACAACACUCGUCUUUCUACUCUUCUCCUCACCACACACACACACACCACAUGUUUUACUAUCCUUGUGGGGACCUAAAAUUGAUUUCCAUCCUAUUUUUCCUAACCCUAAACCUCAUCCUCUAAAUCUAACUUCUAAUUCUAACCCUAACCCCUAAGCUUAAAAUAGCGUUUGUCCUCGUCAGAUAAUUUUCCUUGUUUACUAUCCUUGUAGGGAUUUCUGUUACCCCCCCAUUAUGAUGUGUGUGUGUGUUCUCCAUGCAGGCCAACAGAGAUGCGGUGCUGAGCAGGAUUCCGGAGCACAACAGUGACCGUAUCAUCAGUCUGCAGAGUGCCUCUGUGGUCUACGACUUGCUGACCAUCGCCCUGGGCCGACGGGGACAGUACGAGAUGCUCUCUGAGGUGAGGACACACAUACAGUGCAUUCGGAAAGUAUUCAGACCCCUUGACUUUUUCCACAUUUUGUUACGUUACAGCCUUAUUCUAAAAUGGAUUAAAUACAUAUUGUUCCUCAUCAAUCUACACACAAUACCCCAUAAUGACAAAAUGAAAACAUUUUUUGGUGAAAGUUUGGCAGUGCAUUUCAUGAGCAAAAACUUAGCUAUGAGUUCGAAGGAAUUGUCUGUAGAGCUCCGAGACAGGAUUAUGUCGAGGCACAGAUCUGGGGAAGGGUACCAAAACAUUUCUGCAGCAUUGAAGGUCCCAAAGAACACAGUGGCCUCCAUUAUUCUUAAAUGGAAGAAGUGUGGAACCACCAAUACUCUUCCUAGAGCUGGCUGCCUGGCCAAACUGAGCAAUCGGGGGAGAAGGGCCUUGGUCAGGGAGGUGACAAAGAACCCGAUGGUCAUUCUGACAGAGCUCCAGAGUUCCUCUGUGGAGAUGGGAGAACCUUCCAGAAGGACAACCAUUUCUGCAGCACUUCACCAAUCAGGCCUUUAUUGUAGAGUGGCCAGACGGAAGCCACUCCUCAGUAAAAGGCUCACGACAGCCCGCUUGGAAAGGCACCUAAAGGACUCUCAGAUCAUGAGAAACAAGAUUCUCUGGUCUGAUGAAACCAAGAUUAAACUCUUUGGCCUGAAUGCCUAGCGUCAAGUCUGGAGGAAACCUGGCACCAUCCCUACGGUGGAGCAUGGUGGUGGCAGCAUCAUGCUGUGGGGAUGUUUUUCAACGGCAGGGACUGGGAGACUAGUCAGGAUCGAGGGAAAGAUGAACGGAGCAAAGUACAGAAAGAUCCUUGAUGAAAACCUGCUCCAGAGCACUCAGAUUGGGGCGGAGGUUCACCUUCCAACAGGACAACGACCCUAAGCACACAGCCAAGACAACACAGGAGUAGCUUCAGGACAAGUCUCUGAAUGUCCUUGAAUGGCCCAGUCAGAGCCCGGACUUGAACCCGAUUGAACAUCUCUGGAGAGACCUGAAAAUAGCUGUGCAGUGACGCUCCCCCAUCAAACCUGACAGAGCUUGAGAGGAUCUGCAGAGAAGAAUGGGAGAAACUCUCCAAAUACAGGUGUGCCAAGCUUGUAGUGUCAUACCCAAGAAGACUUGAGGCUGUAAUUUCUGCCAAAGGUGCUUCAACAAAGUACUGAGUAAAGGGUCUGAAUACUUAUGUAAAUAUGAUAUUUCAGUUUUGUAUUUUUAUUAAUACAUUUUAAAACCUGUUUUUGCUUUGUCAUUAUGGGGUAUUGUGUGUAGAUUGAUGAGGGGAAAAAAAACAAUUGAAUCAAUUUUAGAAUAAGGCUGUAACGUAACAAAAUGUGGAAAAAGUCAAGGGGUUUGAAUACUUUCUGAAUGCACUGUAUAUAUACACACACACACACACACACACACACUUAUCCCACACUUAUACACACCUAUCCCCUAACCGCCCCAUCAGUAACCGUGGGAACACUUGAAAAGGCCCACAGGGACCAAUCACGGCCUAUAGUUGCCCCGUUGCCCUGGAAACCUUAGCUGGCACUCUUCGUUUACCGUGUCUCUGGAACCAGUAGCCGGAAGCCGUCCUGGGGUCCGGUCGAUGGCUGAAUGGAUCUAAUCUCAUUGAUCUGAAGGCCCUCUGAAGUCCAUCCCUCCAUCCCCCAGCGCUGCUCUCUCUCUCUCUCUCUCUCUCUCUCUCUCUCUCUCUCUCUCUCUCUCUCUCUUACUGAACAAGAGAUAAAGCACUCACUGCAGGAACUCCAAGACACUGCUACAGUUACUGCAGUCAUCAGAAACACUAGUCCAAAACACUUUUAAAAAAAACUUUCUUUCUCCUUGAGAGAGAUAAUUGUGUUGAUCAAGGUUGUGAAAGCAGAGAAAGCCAAUGGUUUGGCUUGUGAAUACAACAAGCAGCCUGAGGGAGUAUUUUGUGCCAAGGCUCUGUAACUAUGGUCUUGAAUUAUCAACAUUGUGUUGUCUGUCUCUAUGUCUGUGUUACCCCUGUGUCUUAAAAUGCUGCUCUUACUUAGUAAUCUGCCUGUACUGAAACAGGCAGAUGUUUGCUUGUCUUUCUCUGUCCUCAGGCUUUCCUAAGUGUGUGUGUGUUACACUGCCUUUUAAUCUGCCUUUGAUUGUUCUGCCUGGGCCACCCUGCCACCCUGUUCAAUUAAAGCUCUUUGUCUGUGAUUAGUCCAUGAGAGAAAGACAGAGAAAAGCUCUUUAUUUCAAUGGAUUCUUGCAGCUAUUACUUUAUGGACCAACUUAUUAGACGGUAGGACUUCACUUGGGAGGUGUUGGCAGGAAGUGGCGGAGCAUUGUAAUUGGUUCUCGGUUGGAGCUGUGAGCCACUGAUUGGAUCUGAGGGUUGAUCUAAAUAUGUCUCCCUGCCUGGCACUUAGCCUUGUUCCUCGAGGUGAUGGAGUUUUUAACGUGUGAAGAAAGGAAGGCGUUGCUUCUGCUUAGCACACUCUGGUGUCAUUCUCCGCUCUGCUGUCUGCUCGGCUCACAACUAAGAACUCCUAGCUCUCCCGUUGUAAUUUAAGGCUCCAAAGGCUGUUCAAAUAAAGCCUUUUGUGGGUUUGACUUAGAAACCCUCAAAUGUAUUUAUUUGACCAAACAGGAAAUUAUGUGGUUUUCCUGAGUAAUGUUGAAUUCAGGUAUUUCCCUAUUUUAAUUGACAUGUAAAUGUGAUAUCAAGUGAGUGUUAUUGACCUCUGACCUUUGUCUUGCGUCGGCAGUGUCUAGAGAGGGCCAUGAAGUUUGCCUUUGAGGAGUUCCAUCUCUGGUACCAGUUGGCCCUUUCACUGAUGGCUGCAGGGAAGGUAAGUCUGACAUCACUAUUGUGACGUCAUGCAUAUUUCAUUUAUGUACAGCGUUACUCUGUGCUUCACCGUGUGCGUGUGUGUGUGCAGUCGGCCCGGGCGGUAAAGGUACUGAAGGAGUGUAUCCGUCUGAAGCCGGACGACCCAACCAUUCCCCUGCUAGCCGUCAAGCUGUGCAUCGGAGCACUCCAUUGGGUGAGCGACAACAACAAGCCCAGCAAUGGCCCUCACAUAUCUCUCAUAGAAAUCAUUACAUUAUUUGUCCUAUAUGAUUAACUUUCUGCAUUAAAAGACUUGAAUAAUCUCUCUCUCGUUCUGUCUAGCUGGAGGAAGGAGAGUGUUUUGCUAAGAUGGUGGUGGACAUGGGAGAGAAGGCUUCAGAGUUCCGAGCUAAAGGUUACCUAGCCAUCGGCCUGGUGUACAGCCUCAAGGCUACAGACGGUGAGGGACCGCUCCCACUUUCAGCCACUGACAUCAUACAGUAUUCCACCUAGGGCCAGGGCUCUGUCUCAAUUGCUUAAAAACAUGUCCUCUCCUCGUCUCCCCCCUUUCAUUUGCACUGAUUGGAUGGGUAAAAACAAUGGUGGAAAAUCAGUAGCAUUGCUUUCAUCUGCUCAGUUCUUUUAGAUCAGAGGCGUGAGGUAAGGAAAGGAAGGAUUUUCAAGGAUUGUUAAUCUGACAUGACCAUAACACAUUAAUGUCCACAGUUAUCAGUCACACCUCACCCAGACACACUAACAGCCACUGACUAUCUCUGGUGUAUGACCGUCCUACAUUGCUCUCCUCUCACUACCACAUUUAGCUUAUCUCCACUGUAACAUAUUGCGUACACAAGCUGAAUAUUUAUGACUUAACGUAGCCUAAUGUAAGCACCCUUCCCUUCCUCCUCCUGAACCUAAUCACUCUCCUUUUGUUUCUCAUUCUCUUGCUUUCUCUCAAUCUCCUUUCUCUCCUCCCGUCUGUUUUUCACUCCAUUUCCCUCUCUCUGUCUCUCUCGAUUUCACUCACCCUUAAAUGCUCACUCAAUUUAUGUGGCUCUCCCAUAUGCUGCCUUCUCUGUUCUCUCCUCUAUUUUUACACCUUUCUCUCUCUUUUCCUUUUUUCUUUCAUCUCUCAUAUCUCCUCUCCAUCUCCCACCCUCCUCACCCCCUUCCUGUCUCUCUCUCUCUCUCUCCCUUUCUCUCUUUCUCCCUACAGCGUCCCUACGGGGGAUGCAGGAGGAGUAUCAGAGGAAGGCCCUGGGUGCAUUCCAGAGGUGAGUCCCCGUCCCUCUCCGUUUUUAAAGAAUUUGGCGAUAUAUAUUUCCCUGUCCCCCAUCCCCUCUAUCUGUGUCUCCCUGCCCCUGCUGUCUCUAGUGGAGGUGUCGUCUGACACCACUCUCCUUGUCCCCUGUACCCCUUCCCAUCCCUGUGUCUCCUCUUUCCUGUUCCUGUCUCUGUCCCUGUCUCUGCUCCCCUCUGGGGCCUCUCGGCCUGACCCUGGCUCCCGUAAUGGAGGUAGAAUCUUCCUCAGUCUCACACAACUCUCCUGACACAUUAACUAUGCAGUGGUAUAAAAGAGCCUGUUUAAGCCUUUCACACAGAGAUCGUUUGGAGAGAACCAUGUAAGCCCAACUCAAGUGGUUUGGGGCAGGCCAAGACAAGACAGGGCAGGGCUGGGGGAGGCUGGUUCAGUAGGGGAUUGGAUGGAUGGAUAACGCACCCACUCUAGGUUAGUCCCCUGGUGGUCCCAGUGUAAUAGGACCUGAUACUGUAAGAUAGCGGUUGAAAAAAAUCCCAGUGAGUGCAUUCAUUUCCCUGCUUUAUGAUACUGCAAGCAAUCCACAUUCUCAGUAGCAGUCAUGCAAGUAUAUAUCUUUUUUUAUAAUGCCAUAGUGGUGCCUGCUGAUAGUAUUUGAAGGACACUUUGUACCUACUCACUCACUACUCCUCAUCUCUGUUUCAGGGCCCAGAGCUUGUCCCCCACAGACCACCUGGCUGCCUUCUACCUGGCCCUGCAGCUGGCUGUGUCACGGCAGGUAAGGCCUGGACACACACUGGCUCAAAGUCAGGAUGGGACUAAUAAGCUUCUCUGCAUGUUGGAGCUGGUCUAGCAGCACUGAUACUCUCUGUAGAUAGAUGUGUGUGUGUGUGUGUGUGUGUGUGUGUGUGUGUGUGUGUGUGUGUGUGUGUGUGUGUGUGUGUGUGUGCCUGCGUGCGUGCGUGUGUGUGUGUGUGUGCCUGCGUGCGUGUCCGCUCAGUGCUUCAACCCCCUAUGAGGUAAAGGUGCUCAUCUUUCACACGGGUCAAUCUAAGGUCAAUGUAAACUCUCUCUCUCUCUCUUUCGCAUUUUCUCUCUUUCUGUCUGUCUGUCUGUCUCUCUCUCUCUCUGUGUCUCUCUCUCUCUCUGUGUCUCUCUCUGUGUGUGUGUCUCUCUCUCUCUCUCUGUGUGUCUCUGUCCUCUCUCUCUCCCUCCUGCUCCUUUCUCUUAGUCGUCUCUCCCUCUCCUCUCCAUCAUGUACUUUGUCUCUUUCUCAACUCUAUACUCUUCUCUAUAUCCCCCCUCCCUGGGUCUUUCUCCUUUUUUCUCUUUCCUCUCUCUCUCUGUCCUUCCUUUCUCUCUCUCUCUCUCAGAGAGAGAGAGAGAGAGAGAGAGAGAGAGAGAGAGAGACUGUUUCCAUGGCGAUAAAGACCCAAAUAAAGUGUUGGUUUGAGACACGGAAAUAAUGUGACGUUAAAAUAGAUUUUAAAACAAUGAGACGGAAAUGUCAAGGGUGGUUUUCUGACGGGAGCAACAUGUUAGAAUGUCACCGGCAGGUCUGGAGAGGAUAGAGAGGAUUGUGAAUUGGAAUUACAUUCAGUGACAACCAUUGUACUGUAUUAUAAAACCCCCAGGUGCCUCUAAUACCAAAUAUAGUCUCUGAUUACUUUCCAUCUGUUGGCCAGUAUUGAUUCACACACACAAACAUACACACACAAACUCACAGCUAACAUAUACCAUUGAUUUUCGGAAGUGGAAGACAGACAAAUGUGAAGGACCUUAUAUUGGUCAUUACCGGGUAGAUGGAAGCAGGUGAUAACGAGUAACUGCUUUCUACCGUAACAUUAGUCAGAUAAAGAGUUCAGAUGUAAUAGGGGUUAAGGUUAGGGUAUCUAUAUCCUGCUGUCCUCUCCAGCAUGGCCAGAUAGCAGCACCCCUGGCUGUGGAUGACUGGUGGUGUAUGUGAUCCGUGUCCUCCGUGUGCUGUAGAUCCCGGAGGCGCUGGGGUACGUGCGUCAGGCUCUGCAGCUGCAGGGAGACGACGUGCACUCUCUCCACCUGCUGGCUCUGCUGCUGUCGGCCCAGAAACACUACCACGACGCUCUCAACAUCAUCGAGAUGGCCCUCAGCGAGUACCCCGAGAGCUUCAUGUGAGUCUGGAGUCUGGCCUUUCUCCACAACAGACACACUCUCAUACUCACUCUUAACUCCUCAUACUCACGCAGGCCAUCACAGAGGCAUUAGUCUACAACAUUGGCGCUGGCAUGUGAACAAACACAUUAACCAAAGGAUCAGUCAGCAUGCCACUCUGCUCAGCGUGUUAUUUACAUUGUCCUGGGCAUCAGAGAGGUCAGCAUCUGGCAUCCUUAAUUAGACCAGUGUGAUGACUGGGGUGGGGGUGGGGGGGUUGCGACCAAGAAGGGCAGAGGGAGCAGGCAGUGGGUACGGCAUGCCAGCCAUCCACACUGACACACACACACACACACACACACACACCCGCACACAGAUCUGCUUGGUUAUUUUGGCAGCAGAGAGAGACAGCAAUUAAUUGUAUUUUUAGAGCUGUGUGUUUGUUACAGAUAGAAAGCACAGAGUGCUAGCUAUACAGAAGAUUUCUGGGUUGCUUUUUCCUUUGCCGCCUCCCCAUCUCCUCUCCUCCUCUCCUCUGUCUGAUGGUUAAUUUGUGCACAAACCCUUCCCCUCUCACACCCCUGACUCUACGUAACUCUGACAACCGAAUUUUUUUUCCUCUUUUCCCUGCUCUGUUUGUUUCCAGUGUUUGAAUUUCACAAUUUCUAAUAGAUUUAGCCUGCUGUACCCUCAGGGUACCACAGUAUUGGCUUCUGUGCCUCGAUAUCUCUGCCUCAGCCACUUACAUAACAUUAAAAAUAACACACUUUUUCAUUUUCCAAUUUUUUAUUCUUUUUUUGCCCUGUUUUUUCACGAGCUUGAUUGAGCUUCGGCUUUCCCUGGGGGAGAGUGAAGUGUGUGUGUAAAAACAUGAUGCUGAAUGGUGUGAAUAUGGUGUGAAUAUGUACAGUGCCUUUAGAAAGUAUUCAUACCCCUUGACUUUUUCCACAUUUUGUUGUGUUACAGCCUGAAUUUAAAAUGGAUUAAAUUGACAUUUUGUGUCACUGGCCUACACACAAUACCCCAUAAUGUAAAAUUGGAAUUAUGUUUUAUAAUUUUUUUAACAAAUUAAUUACAAAUGAAAAGUUGAAAUAUCUUGAGUCAGUAAGUAUUCAACCCCUUUGUUAUGGCAAGCCUUGUUAUGCUUGACAAGUCACAUAAUAAGUUGCAUGGACCCACUCUGUGUGCAAUAAUAGUGUUUAACAUGAUUUUUGAAUGACUACCUAAUCUCUGUACCCCACACAUACAAUUAUCUGUAAGGUCCCUCAGUCAAGCAGUGAAUUUCAAACACAGAUUCAACCACAAAGACCAGGGAGGUUUUCCAAUGCCUCGCAAAGAAGGGCACCUGAAUAAGCAGACAUUGAAUUUCCCUUUGAGCAUGGUGAAUUUAUUAAUUACACUUUGGAUGGUGUAUCAAUAGACCCAGUCACUACAAACAUACAGGCGUCCUUCCUAACUCAGUUGCCAUUGUGGAAGGAAACCGCUCAGGGACUUCACCAUGAGAUAAAUGGUGACUUGAAAACAGUUACAGAGUUGAAUGGCUGUGAUACUGAGGAUGGAUCAACAACAUUGUAGUUACUCCACAAUACUAACCUAAAUGACAGAGUGAAAAGAAGGAAACCUGUACAUUCACCUUUCAGCAGGUCAAUAACCUAAAACACUAGGCCAAAUAUACACUGGAGUAGCUUACCAAGAUGACAUUGAAUGUUCCUGAGCGGCCUAGUUACAGUUUUGACUUAAAUGAAAAUGGCUGUCUAGCAAUGAUCAACAACCAACUUGACAGAGCUUGAUGAAUCUUAAAAAUAAUAAUGUGCAAAUAUUGUACAAUCCAGGUGUGUAAAGCUCUUCGAGAAGAUUUACAGAGAAAGACACAGCUGUAAUCGCUGCUAAAGUUGAUUCUAACAUGUAUUGACUCAGGGGUGUGAAUACCUAUGUAUUCAAGAUAUAUUAGUGUUUUUUGUUUUUUUUACAAAUGUGAGUAUUUUUCUACCACUUUGACAUUACAGAGUAUUUUGUGUAGAUCGUUGGAAAAAAAAGACAAAUCUAUUUUAAUCCCUCCUUGUAACACAACAAAAUGUGGGCAAAGUCAAGAGGUGUGAAUACAUUUACAUUUUAGUAAUUUAGCAGACGCUCUUAUCCAGAGCGACUUACAGUUAGUGAGUGCAGACAUUAUUUAUAUAUUUUAUUUUACAUACUGGCCCCCCGUGGGAAUCGAACCCACAACCCUGGCGUGGCAAACGCCAUACUCUACCAAUUGAGCUACAUCCCUGCCGACCAUUCCCUCCCCUACCCUGGACGACGCUGGGCCAAUUUAGAAUACUUUCUAAAGGCACUGUAAGUGUGUAAAAACAGCUGUAAUGGUGUACAGAGAAGAUUCAAGGCAUGCGGUUUGUUGCACAUUCACAUCACAUUCCUGCACAUAGUACAUCCUGUCCAUCACACACACACACACACACACACACACACACACACACACACACACACACACACACACACACACACACACAGAGCCAGGGGUGGGGGGGGUGUAUGUUGGGAUGAGGAGGAGAUGAAAGGGUGAUGGUAAGGUCAUGUUUGUGUUGUGAAUGGGCUUCAUCAUUCACUUAGAUGAAUAGAUUCUCAUUUACAUCACCGUGCUGCACUGGGAGGAACGCAAUAGCCUGGGAGAGAGGAGAGAAGGGUGGGGUGGGGGUGGGGGGGUCUAUAAAUGGAAACUUAAUUCACACCACCCCCACCACACCAGACCAAUGGAAUUUUUUCUCUCUCUCUCUCUCUCUCUCUCUCAUUCAUUCAUUCACUCACUCACUCACUCACUCACUCACUCACUCACUCACUCACUCACUCACUCACUCACUCACUCACUCACUCACUCACUCACUCUACUCUCUCUGGGAGCGAAUUAGCGUCCACAUAGGCUUUCAUCAAACGCUACUCUUCUCUUCUCUUGGUGAAUGCACCCCUCCUCCCCUACUCGAUCUCCUCCCAGGCAUCCUAGAGAUAGAAUUCUAAUGCUACUCUUUGAAGAUGUAGUGUGUAGCAGGGGGUGAAGGGUGCUCUCCUCUCUCUGCAACCUCACAACAUUGUGUACACACAACUUAGGUACUGGGUGGAAAAUACUACAUUUCUCCCACACAACCUUUAUUACAACAAUGUUUUUAUCAGAGUUGCAUCCUUAUAAGAGUUGCAUCCUCUGGUUAAGAGCGUCUGCUAAAUGACGUAAAUGUAAAUGUAAAUGUUAUAGAGAGUUGCAGAGAGUCCACUCUGUAGAUAACUGUUUGUCCCUGUGUUUUAAAGUGUGUCAUCCUGUGACUCAAACUGCGUCUCCUGGGUGUCUCCCCUCAGCCUGUUGUUCACCAAGGUGAAACUGGAGACGUUGUGUCGAGGACCUGAGGAGGCUCUGCUCACCUGCAAACACAUGCUGCAGAUCUGGAAGUCCUGUUACAACCUCACCAACCCCAGGUACUGUAUAGUAGUACCCAUUACACAGGCUACAUGUUCUGUCCACUAGAUAGAACGGAACUGUGGAUGAAAAUAGCAGUAAAACAUGUUGGAUACAAUACCUUUGCAACCUGCAGUAUUACAAACCACCUUCAGGAAUUAUAUGCUGUAUAAUGUAGUGUUUUGGAAUAUCAGAAAUGGACAAGUGAGUGAGACUGGUCUGAGUCUGGGGCCAAAUGUGCAUUAUCCCUAUCUCCUUUGUAAAUAUGUGCUCCAACUUUAGCCACAAUCUCCUGCAAAACACUGGUAUUAACUAUCACGAGAGAUCGAGCACCACUGCUUCCCUGAUUUUAUCCAUGGCUUUUUAAGAUGCUUAAAAUAAUCCACUAAAGCUUUACUUAGAGAAACACAGGCCUGAGAGCAGAGUACUGUCAUGAUCGUCGGAUACUGAGGACCAAGGCGCAGCGUGGAAGGUGAACAUAUUUAUUAAAUAAUGAUUACACGAACAAAAACAACAAAUCGAGACGUGACGUCCAAAGGUGCAAAAACACAAACCUACACAGGAACAAGAUCCCACAAACACUGUGAGAAAACUGGCUGCUUAAGUAUGGUUCCCAAUCAGAGACAACAAGCAACAGCUGAUACACGUUGCCUCUGAUUGAGAACCACACUGGCCAACAUAGAACUACAAAACUAGAACGAAAAACAAAUGAAAACUCACACCCUGGCUCAACAUACUAGAGUCCCCAGAGCCAGGGCGUGACAAGUACUGGAAAGCACUUUGUAUCUACUAUUGAUAUAAAAAGGGCUUUAUAAAUACAAUGUUGAUUGAUUGAGCUAAAUAAUGUAUUACAUCACUAGACUCCUGUCGUAUCGAGUGAGUGGUGGCAAUUAUUGCUGAUGAACAAAAGGAGUCUGCUCAUACUGAACGUUGAUCAUAAGGUUUAUUCAGACCACAAGCUUCAGCAUGAGUGACAGGUGACAUGACACCCGGAGAGUGACGCCUCAGAAUGGCUGCUCGUUCUGCCCUCUCCUUCGUUUUCCCCCCUAUUUAUAACAAUGAUGCUCCCUCUUCUGGCCAAUCACCAGUCUCCCCGGGGGCGUCACCCUAAAACAUUCCCUUUUGAUACUAACAUAAACAACAUUCAUUGUUCCUCCAAAACAGUCAUAAUGUUAAUACACCACACUCCCUUCCUUACUGUUGCUGAAUCUCAUCUAGUCAUAACACAAAUUCUCCAGAGUGUGUCCCAAAUGGCACCUAUUCCCUAGUUAGUGCACUACACUAUGGGCUCCUGUCAAAAGUAGUGAACUACAAUAUGGAUAUGGUGCCAUUUGGGACAAAGCCCAUCUGCAGCUAAUGGUAGCCAUGCAGCAGAGAGAGAGCGAGUCAGUGUGGACAGAUCCUCACCUCAAGUCAGCCUCUCGUCGUUAAACUGGAGAAGUUUUACAAGACCAAUUACAAGAAACCAGACAACUCUCCUCCUGGUGCACUGCUGCACCCCCACUGUGUAUACUCGCUGGUCAUUAUAGAUGGUGAAAUAGCGAUUACCUCAGCCAAAACCUACAGGAGGGAAAUAUACCGGUAGCUAACAGAUUGCUGUGUGAAAGUUCGUCAGGAGCUCUGUUUUAUGGCGGUUCUUCUGUCUCGCGUUUUGAGUUUUACUGCCUCUACGUGCGUAGAAGUUUCCCAUCAAUGCUGUUGAAAUAUACCGGCCCGAACAAACAACAGAACAGAACUGGACUCUGCACUCUCCUUUCUCUCGUGGCUGUGAUUUCCUGGAUAUGACAGAAUGAGUAGAAAGACUUAGGAGGUCAGACAGGGACCAGUAUUACACCCAGACCAAUGCCGCAUAGUGUUUAACUGUCCCUGUGACAUUUGACUAGGGGAUGUCUCCAACUUCAUGACUAUCCAGUCCAUCAUCAUUCUUCUGUUUCAUGAACUAGAUUUUGCACUAAAGUCUUUGUAGCAGAGGCAGACCCAGUCCGCUGCCUACUACCUUACCCCUUCCUAAACUUGGAGCGUUGCUCUUGGUUUCAUCACCCAUCCCAUGCAGUAACUGUGAAUCUUACCUAAGACAGACAAAAACACAGCUCUUAACCUGUGCAGUUGUCAUGCUAAGAGGAUAGAUGGGCAGAGACGUUUUUUUAGGAAGCUUAGCUAUCUAGUUGGUGUUUUACCUCUUUUCUCUCUCUGUCUGUGUGUCUGUCUGUGUGUGUCCAGUGAUUCAGGUCGAGGCAGCAGCCUGUUGGACAGAGCCAUAGCAGACCGAAGGACGCUCAAUGCCAUGACGCUGCCUGACUUCAGUGAUCCAGAGACGGGUAAGUCUCACCUCACUACCACUACCUCACAACCAUAGAGAAAUGGAGAGGAGUUAUAAAGCAGAACACUAGCUUACCCCAGGACACUUAACAUUUAGCCUGAGUGUCAGUCUGUUUGUGCCAUCAUGCCAAGUCCUUGUCACUCAUAGCCACGUCAUUGGCUUGACAAUGACAGCAGUGGAGUUGGCAGGAGAACAAACAGAUACAGUCAGUUCCAUAAAUAUUUGGACAUUGACCAAGUUAUUAUUAUUUUAGCUGUCUAACACAGCAUUAUGGAGUUGAAAUUAAAUAAUGAAUAUGAGCUGAAAGUGCAGACUUUCGGGUGAAUGGUGUAGGAAUUACAGCACUUUUUAUAUGUGGUCCCCCCUUUUUAAGAGACCAAAAGUAAUUGGACAAUUGGCUGCUCAGCUGUUCCAUGGCCAGGUGGGUGUUCUUCCCUCAUUAGUUCAUUUACAAGUAAGCAGAUAAAAGUUCUAGAGUUGAUUUCAAGUGUGGCAUUUUCAUUUGGAAUCUGUUGUUAACCGUCAAUAUGAAGUCCAAAGAGCUGUCACUGCCAGUGAAGCAAGCCAUCAUUAGGCUGAAAACUCAAAACAAAUCCAUCAGAGAGAUGUCAAAAAUCAACUAUUUGGUACAUUCUUAAAAAGAAAGAAUGCACUGGUGAGUUCAGGAACACUAAAAGGCCCGGAAGACCAUGGAAAACAACUGUGGUGGAUGACAGAAUAAUUAUUUCCCUGGUGAAGAAAAACCCCUUCACAACAGUUGGCCAGAUCAAGAACAUCCUCCAGGAUGUAGACGUAUCUGUGUCAAAGUCAACAAUCAAGAGAAGACUUCACCAGAGUAAAUGCAGAAGGUUUACCACAAGAUGUAAACCAUUGGUAAACCUCAAAAACAGGAAGACCAGUUUAGAGUUUGCCAAAAAACAUCUAAAAAAGCCUGUACAGUUCUGGAAAAACAUCCCAUGGACAGAUGAGACAAAGAUCAAUGUGUACCAGAAUGAUGAGAAGAGUAUGGAGAAGGGAAGGAACUGCUCAUGAUCCGAAGCAUACCACCUCAUCUGUGAAGCAUGGUGGAGGUAGUGUUAUGGCGUGGGCAUGUAUGACUGCCAAUGGAACUGCUUCCCUUGUAUUUAUUGAUGAUGUGACUGCUGACAAAAGCAGCAGGAUGAAUUCUGAAGUGUUUCAGGGCUAUAUUAUCUACUCAGAUUCAGCAAAAUGCUUCAAAACUCAUUGGACGGCGCUUCACAGUGCAGAUGGACAAUGACCCGAAGCAUACUGCGAAAGCAACCCAAUGCGUUUUUUAGAGGCAAAGAAGUGGAAUGUUCUGUAAUGGCCAAGUCAAUCCCAGUCGCUGGCCUUGCUGCUAUUCCAGUUUCAACUGUUCUGCCUGCGGUUAUGGAACCCUACCUGUCCCAGACCUGCUGUUUUCAACUCUUAAUGAUCGGCUAUGAAAGCACUGAGAUUAUCCUGAUUAUUUGACCAUAGCUUGUCACUUAUGAACAUUUUGAACAUCUUGCAUGGUUUGUUAUAAUCUCCACCAGCACAGCAGAAAGGAUGGCCACCCUCAUAGCCUGGUUCCUCUCUAGUUCUCCUAGGUUUUCGCCUUUCUAGGAAGUUUUUCCUAGCCACCGUGCUUCACACCUGCAUACUAGCUGUUUGGUUUAGGCUGGUUUCUGUACAGCACUUCGAGAUUAGCUGAUGUAAGAGGGCUAUAUAAAAUAAAUGAUUGAUUGAAUCACCUGACCUGAAUCCAAUUGCAAAUGCAUUUCACUUGCUGAAGGCAAAACUGAAGGUAAAACGCCCCAAGAACAAGCAGGAACUGAAGACAGCUGCAGUAAAGGCCUGGCAGAGCAUCACCAGGGAAGAAACCCAGCAUCUGGUCAUGUCUAUGGGUUCCAGACUUCAGGCAGUCAUUGACUGCAAAGGAUUUUAAAUCAAGUGUUAAAACUAACAAUUUAAUUUAUGAUUAUGUUAGUUUGUCCAAUUACUUUUGAGCCCCUAAAAUCAGGGGGCUAUGUAUAAAUUUUUUGUAAUUCCUACACGGUUCAUACAAUAAUUUUGACAAAACCCUUAAAUUAAAGAUGAACGUUAACACUUAAAGCACAUCUUGAUUGUUUAAUUUCAAAUCCAUUGUGGUGGCGUACAGAUCCAAAAUGAUGCAAAUUGUGUCACUGUCCAAAUACUUAUGGACCUGACUGUAUGUGACCAGGCUACUUAACAUGGUUGCUAUUCCAUUAUGAGAAAAGCAGAAACCUUCAAAUGUCUGUAAGUCAUGAAAAUGUAUUAAAAUGAAUCCCAGGGACAUGCAGCUUAAAGCAUCACUACCAGCAGCUACAUAUAUUCACAUGAAUCUACUACUGUAACUGUACAUCCAUGUCCAAGCCACUAUAGUCACACUGUGUCCUGUCCUGUCGCAACAUGACUACUGUAUCUGCAACCACACCUGUAUAUUGCUCUUUGUCACCAUGGCUACAGGGUUUAUGGCCAUACUGGAGUAAACUACAAGCUGCUGUUAUCAAGGGCUGAACCUCCGAACAACCACUCAGCCUUUUACUGAGUGAUCAGAGCAGUAGAAGUGGUGGGUUGGAGAUUCAGCCAAGGAAUACCAUUCUAGCUGUGGAGGCUGGUGGGAGGAGCUACAGGAGGACAGGCUCAUUGUAAUGGCUGAAAUGGAGUUAAUGGAAUGGAGUUUAACAUGUGGUUUCCAUUUGUUUGAUGUGUUUGAUACCAUUCCAUUUACUCCAUUCCAGCCAUUACAAUGAGCCUGUCCUCCUAUAGCUCCUCCCACCAGCCUCCUCUGCAUUCUAGGCAUAUAUAUACACAUGUGGAUUAGGUGUAGGUCUCUUGUCAUUGCAGCUAGAAAAUGUCACUCUAAUGCAGUCUGUCCAGACAUUUAAACAUCACAUCUUGUAUUUCCCCAUUCUGUCUCUGUCAGAGAUGUUAAGACACAUCCAUUAGACUACAUCCUGUCAAAGUGUCAACAUCUCUUUAAGACUUUCAUUUUCUGAAUAUUAUUUUUUUUUACUGCAGUGUUCAAUGUCCAACAGCUUUUCCUUCCUAUCACAAUAAAGGCUUUUAUCUGUGUAUUACCCCAUACCGUAUCAUAGUAUACUGAACAAAUGUUACUGAGUUACAGUUCAUAUAAGGAAGUCAGUCAAUUUAAAUAAAUAAAUUAGGCCCUAAUGGACAUAGGCCCACCCAAGGGGGAUCCAGGCCCAGCCAAUCAGAAUGAGUUUUUCCCCACAAAAGGGCUUUAUUACAAACAGAAAUACUCCUCAGACUGAUCAACUGAAAGGUCUCUCUGUCAGCUUUGCCAUUUUUCUCUUCUUUCAGUUAGCCGUUGCUAUGGAAAGGCUGCAUUCUUCACAUGUUCUGUGUUUUAUAUACAUAUCUGUGUCAUCCUUUACUUUUCUGUUGUUUCUAGUCUCUGUCUCCGGCUCCUCCUCUCUCUCGGGGUCCGAGCCCGCCUCCCCUUCUUCCCCUCUCUUUCACGCCGGCCCCUCCCACCACCCUCCUCCACCCAUCACACCCCCCAAGGCCGACCCCCCUCUGCACCCCCCGAAGCCAGCCGGCGGCCAUCAUGCUUUCUGUGACCACACCCCUCGACGACAGUCCACCAAUAGUAAUGCUCCUCUGCACCACGUGCGGCCAAUGGCAUGGUGUGGUGUGCGUGACUCACUGCCCAAUCACAACAAUACUUGCUGAGUGUGCAUUUUUUAACUCGUCCAAAAUGGCACCCUAUUCCCUACAUAGUGCACUAGUUUAGACCCUAGUAUAGUGCACUAUAUAGGCAAUGGGGUGCCAUUUAGAAACUGACUGAACUGAUUAAGCCCUAGAUACAGUAGUUGUAGUGUACUAGUGUUCUGGGCUGUGGUGGGGUGUGUGUUCUAUGUAUAGUUCCUUAACAGUGCUAAAAACCAUGCUGGAAAGGACAAGGUGAAAACAUAUCCUAGCCAGCCAGCACAAUAUGAUUUGGGUUAGCCUAAUAGUGAGUCAGGUGUGUCCCGUCCUGUGGGCCUAACGGGAUCCUGUCAGCCUAUCACCAUCCCAUCGCCACGGAGACACUGAGAGGGCGACGUUAAGUCCCUAAUCUGCCUGAGUGGCUGCCCCGUCCGGCUUAGACUGAAUGAGUCAGCAGACACUGAGGAUAUGAGAAGGAAAGAGAGAAAGAAAGAGUGAAAGAGAGGUGAACGAACGGCCCCGUAUCUAUCUAUCUGACUGACUGGGUUUUAAGACCGACUGGGGUUCACUUGUUCUAUGGUCUUCUCUGUUACCAGCCACAGACAAAGAGGAUGAAACAACAACCUCUGACAAACAAGAUGUCAGUUCAGUUGGCAUGGAGUUUGUAUGUUUUGGGGUUAACAAAGGAAGUGUAGUAUACAGAGUGUGAGGAGAGGUUCCGGUUAGGCACUAGAACUACAGGUAAACUCAGGGAGAACCCACCCGCACUCGCUCAGGCACGCUCACCCUCCACACACACGUCACAGUAUUUCCUGUUCUGUUCUCUCCUCUAUCUAGCUCUCUUGUGUCCCUUGGCUUUCUCUUUCUAUUCAUCACUCUGUUCAUUUGUCCUUUGGUGUUCCACUAUCUUUCCCCCGCCACCUUCCGUUGUACCAUUAUGUUUUACUGCUAGAUAAAGGGUUGGAUUGAGGCACUUCAAGUAACCACAGUGUAUUUACAACUGCAAUAGAGGUCUAAGGUUUUUGUGUUUGCCACCAUAACGUGUUUAAUGUUUAAAUAAGGAACAUGAUGAAGGUGAUUAGGGAAGGAAAAGCUUGCACUGCAGCCUCAACCUUUGUCAAUGGUGGCAAUAGCAACUACAAAAACUUGCAGGGGUGAAACAGUUUAGGAUGGAUUGGAUUGACACAUUGAUAGUGAAUCAUUGUGUGGAUCCAUUUUCACUGGCACUAACUUAGCAUAAAUAAUUUCAGCAUUCACUAAUGUUAGUGUCUUUUGAAAUGUUCCCGCUAAGUAUACUUCAGUUUUGUUGUUGAGUGGAAGUGAUUUAAGUUUUCUCCUAGCUGUAUCUUUUAAUUUUCCCUCUUUAAUUAAUUUUCUCUUAAGUAAUCUUUGUUCUUUGUUGUUUGUUGUUGAUUUGUUAUUUUAAAGGCAGCCCUCCAGAUGCUAACUUUCAUCAGUAUCAUGGUUUUUACUCCAUGUUUUCAGUUUGUAAGUAGCGCUUUUCUCCCUCCGCUCCCUCUCUCUUUGCCCACUGAGACGCUGGACUCUGACUGAUGUAUCACUCCUCCUGGCCUUGGCCUGAUUUUUCCUCCACAGUCAAUGUAUCCAUCCGUCACCAGCAACCACCUGCCUGUCCCUCUGUCUGUCUGUGCUCCUAAAGUCAGUCAGUCAUCCACCAUGUGUGGAACGUACCGGAGGCUGUCCUGUCGCUACUCGCUAGCUCACCUUAUUUUCUGUUUUGUUUUUUUGUUUUAUUUAUUUAUUUUUGUCCUCAGGCCCUUUGUGCUACAGCUGAACAAUUAGCUCACUGAGCUUCCUGACUCGGUGGGCCAGCUAUGGAGUAGGCAGCUCCAUAAUUAAAGAGGCAGUAUCAUUUCCCCUGGCUGGCUGCUCUACCAGACACACAGCCUUAUUGUAUAGGCUCCCUCCACCAUACAAUACAGAGCUCAUUAGCCAGACCAGUCCCAGACGGGCUAGCUGUGUUUGUUUUUUCAUUUCUCAUUUUAUUUGCGUUAGUUAUGGAGCUAUCUGAUGGAGCCGGUCAGUCAAAAGGACAAUGUUGUCCAUGACUGACUGUUGUGUUGUGGAGACCAGUCAGUUUCACUGCUGGGCCUCUAGGCUUUCACAGACUAUUAAUAGGUUUCCUUUAAGCUUCCCUGACAGAUAACAUACAAAGGCCACUCUCUUUUCAUACGGCCACAUACGGCCAGCCCGGUGUUCUUUGACAUUCUCUUGGACUUCACUAGAAACAAAACAGAAGAGGAGAAUGGAUGAGGAGGAAGCAGCUCUGUGCUCUCAAGCCCCGGUGAAAUGGAUACUGUUUCUUUAAGAACGUGUAGAUUCUUUCUGUGCUGCUGUGAACUGAAAACCCACCUUCCACAUCGCUCCCCAUCAGUGCCUUGCGCUUUGUACCUUGCAUGAAGGCACUUUUGUCUACCCUUUUAGGCCGCUGUGUGUGCGUGUGUGUGAGAGAGUGUUUGUGUAAUUCUUUCCUAACUGCAUGGAUUACCAUUUUCACUCAUCCAGGUUAAGAUUACACCGGUUUAAUCCAGGCUUAAUUUGACCCAGUCACCUGCUGUGGGUGCCAUUUAAUUGACUUAACUGGAUAAAAAUAGUAUCUACAGCCUGCUUGGUGAUACAGCCGUCUGUCUUGAUGGUACAGCUCCUGGUGCUCUUUCUUGAUCUAUUCAGGGACCUUUUAAGCCAAUCAAUCCCUCCACUCAACAGGGUGUUCCUUCCUUCUGCGAUAAACCUUCUUCAGCCAUAUCAUAUUGGUGUGGCCAUAGAAAUAGAAUGACUAGAACAGGUAAAGCCCUUCAGACCAUGCCAAUACGCUCAAUAUGGCUGACAUGGUCUUUGGCUAUGGAGUUCCAUGGUUGACGCUGAUUGCAUCACAAAUGGCACCCUAUUCCCUAUAUAGUACAAUACUUUGAACAGAGCCGGUGUCUCCAGUCUGCAUGCUAAAUGUGGGAGCUAGGGCUGAGACUGGGGCUCUGUAGGCUUAGUGCUGCUGUGAGGGAGGGAAGGGUAUCGAUCUCAGGGACUGAGUCCCAAAUGGCACCCUAUUCUCUUUAUAGUGCACUACUUUUGACCAGAGUACAUAGGGCUCUGAUCAAAAGUAGAGCACUAUAUAUGGAAUAGGAUGCAAUUUGGGACACUGACAGGGUUUUUAGAUGCAUACUGUGUGACUGUCGCUUCAGUCAAUAAUCAGGGAGCCAGAGAGAAAGCAAAAGUGUUAUUUUUCUGAUAUGAGGAGAGACUAGAGAAGAGUGAAGCCGUUUGAUGUGAAAGGCUGCCUGCCUGCCUGUAAUCCUGUGUGCAGUGGGGUGGGUGUUCAGAGAGACAGAGUGAAGGAUGUGUAGUGGUAGGAGAGAGAGUGCUUAGAGGAGUUACUGUGUUCAGAUCAUAGAGCUAUAACAUAUAGAACGUUAUAUGUAUGGUUGAGAUUGUGUUCAUCACUAGUGUGUUGAGGUAAUAAUAGGAGUCAGUGUUGUGUUUUAUGGGCAGUCGGUAGUAAAGGUGAGUGAAGUGUGUUGAGGAGAAGAGUGCGUGUUAAAGCGUUCAUAUGGACAGUAGAUGGAUGUUACUAGUUGUUAAAGGUUCUAUAGCGUAAAAGAGUCACUUAGCUCCAGUAUGCAGAAAGUGUGUGUGUGUGUGUGUGUGUGUGUGUGUGAGAGAGAGUGUGAGAGUGAGAGAGUGAGAAGUGAUUGUGUGUGUGUGCCUCACCAAAAAGCCUGCCAUGCAGAUAGAGAACCCAGAGACUGAUUCCUAUUCCCAUUUCAGCUUAAACACAAGUCAAAUCUCGCAAGACUUUAUCAAAAACAUCUCUCUAUAGCCAGGGAUAUUUUCUCUCCCCCCUAAAUCGCGGGACUUUUCUUUGCCCCGGCGCUUUCACUAGAUCUUCUUGACAGGAUUUGAAGAUAGGGAGCAUUUGUGCUUUAAUCUAAAGCUCUUUGAGGCCAAUAAUGAAAGCUCUCUCGCUCUUUAGAGCCGGGGAAAGUAGUUUCCACUCCAAAUAGUAUUUUCAACCAACUCCAGUCCCAAAUGUAAAGCAGUUGGCCUAGUUUGUACAGCUACAGCCAGGUUAUUGUACAUCUAUACAUCUGGAUAUGUGAAUCAGUGGUUUGCAAGGAUAACAGACAGUUAAUAACUACUGACUUAGUAACGCUGCCUGUCACUAGUAGCCUAUACAGUGCAUUCGGAAAGUAUUCAGACCCCUUGACUUUUUCCACAUUUUGUUACGUUACAACCUUAUUUUAAAAUGCAUUAAAUUUGUUUUUUUCCUCAUCAAUCUACAAACAAUACCCCAUAAUGACAAAGCAAAAACAGGUUUUCAGAAAUGUUUGCAAAUUUAUAAAAAAAUUAAAUAAGUAUAAGUAUUCAGAUCCUUUACUGAGUACUUUUACUGAGUACUUUGUUAAAGCACCUUUGGCAGUGAUUACAGCAUAGAGUCUUCUUGGGUAUAACGCUACAAGCUUGGCACACCUGUAUUUGGAGAGUUUCUUUCAUUCCUCUCUGCAGAUCCUCUCAAGCUCUGUCAGGUUGGAUGGGGAGUGUCACUGCACAGCUAUUUUCAGGUCUCUCCAGAGAUGUUCGACUGGGUUCAAGUCUGGGCUCUGGCUGGGCCACUCAAGGACAUUCAGAGACUUGUCCCGAAGCCACUCCUGCGUUGUCUUGGCUGUGUGCUUUGGGUUGUUGUCCUGUUGGAAGUUGAACCUUCGCCCCAGUUUGAGGUCCUGAGUGCUCUGGGGCAUGUUGUUAUCAAGGAUCUCUCUGUACUUUGCUCCGUUCAUCUUUCCCUCGAUCCUGACUAGUCUCCCAGUCCCUACCGCUGAAAAUAAUCCCCACAGCAUGAUGCUGCCACCACCAUGCUUCACCGUAGGGAUGGUGCCAGGUUUCCUCCAGACGUGAUGCUAGGCAUUCAGGCCAAAGAGUUUAAUCUUGGUUUCAUCAGACCAGAGAAUCUUGUUUCUCAUGGUCUGAGAGUCCUUUAGGUGCCUUUUGGCAAACUUCAAGUGGGCUGACAUGUGCCUUUUACUGAGGAGUGGCUUCUGUCUGGCCACUCUACCAUAAAGGCCUGAUUGGUGGAGUGCUGCAGAGAUGGCUGUCCUUCUCGAAGGUUCUCCCAUCUCCACAGAGGAACUCUGGAUCUCUGUCAGUUUGACCAUCGGGUUCUUGUUCAACUCCCUGACCAAGGCCCUUCUCCCCCGAUUUCUCAGUUUGGCCGGGAGGCCAGCUCUAGGAAGAGUCUUGGUGGUUCCAAACUUCUUCCAUUUAAGAAUGAUGGAGGCCACUGUGUUCUUGGGGACCUUCAAUGCUGCAUACAUUAUUUGGUACCCUUCCCCAGAUCUGUGCCUCAACACAAUCCUGUCUCAGAGUUCUACGGACAAUUCCUUCAUGGCUUGGUUUUUGGUCUGACAUGCAUUGUCAACUGUGGGACCUUAUAUAGACAGGUGUGUGCCUUUCCAAAUCAUUGAAAUGAAUCUACCACAGGUGGACUCCAAUCAAGUUGUAGAAACAUCUCAAGGAUGAUCAAUGGAAACAGGAUGCACCUGAGGUCAAUUUUGAGUCUCAUAGCGAAGGGUCUGAAUAUAUAUGUAAAUAAGGUAUUUCGUUUUUUUUUUUUUUUUUUUUGCAUGAAUUUCUAAAAACCUGUUUUCAGGUUAAGAAUAAGGCUCUAACGUAACAAAAUGUGGAAAAAGUCAAGAGGUCUGAAUACUUUCCAAAUGCACUGUAUAACAUGAAGCUUUUUGUCAAGGCAUGAAGUCAUCCGUGUGUGAAGUUUUGUGCAGCUAAUGUCCUGAACGAUGGAUGCAGAAUGAGUGGAGUAACGUUAGCCUGCAGUUGCAUCCUUUACCAUGAGGAGGCGCUGGUGCUGCUGUGCUGAUCCCCUCUUCUCCCCUGUCGUCCUCUCCUCCUCCCCCUCUCUCUGCAGGCUCGGUCCACGCCACAUCCAUGGCGGCGUCACGGGUGGAACAGGCCCUGUCAGAGGUGGCCUCCUCCAUGCAGAGCAGUGCCCCCAAACAUGGACCCCUACACCCCUGGAUGACUCUGGCCCAGAUCUGGCUCCACGCAGGUAUGGUAGUACACUACACCUCUGUAACACACCACUAUGGUAGUACACUACACCUCUAUAACACACACUAUGGUAGUACACUACACCUCUGUAACACACCACUAUGGUAGUACACUACACCUCUUAACACACCACUAUGGUAGUACACUACACCUCUUAACACACCACUAUGGUAGUACACACACCUCUGUAACACACCACUAUGGUAGUACACUACACCUCUUAACACACCACUAUGGUAGUACACUACACCUCUUAACACCACCACUAUGGUAGUACACUACACCUCUAUAACACACCACUAUGGUAGUACACUACACCUCUUAACACACCACUAUGGUAGUACACUACACCUCUGUAACACACAACUAUGGUAGUACACUACACCUCUGUAACACACCACUAUGGUAGUACACUACACCUCUAUAACACACACUAUGGUAGUACACUACACCUCUAUAACACACCACUAUGGUAGUACACUACACCUCUAUAACACACCACUAUGGUAGUACACUACACCUCUAUAACACACCACUAUGGUAGUACACUACACCUCUAUAACACACCACUAUGGUAGUACACUACACCUCUAUAACACACCACUAUGGUAGUACACUACACCUCUGUAACACACCACUAUGGUAGUACACUACACCUCUGUAACACACCACUAUGGUAGUACACUACACCUCUAUAACACACAACUAUGGUAGUACACUACACCUCUAUAACACACAACUAUGGUAGUACACUACACCUCUGUAACACACAACUAUGGUAGUACACUACACCUCUGUAACACACAACUAUGGUAGUACACUACACCUCUAUAACACACCACUAUGGUAGUACACUACACCUCUAUAACACACCACUAUGGUAGUACACUACACCUCUGUAACACACCACUAUGGUAGUACACUACACCUCUAUAACACACCACUAUGGUAGUACACUACACCUCAUGUAUACACACCACUAUGUAGUACACUGAAUCUUAUAACACCCAUAUGGUAGUAACUACACUCUGUGACAGCAAUAUGGGUAGUACAUACACUGCUGUUAUAACACCAUACUGGUAGUACACUACACCUCUAUAACAAACUUAGGUAGUCCACUUUAACAACAUAUCCAGUAACACACUAUGUGUUUAGUACCUUUGAACCUAUAACACACCACACUGUGUAGUACUUCUAUACACACCGCUUGUAGUACCACACCUGUAUAACACACACUAUGGGUAGUACACUACAGCCUCUAUAAUCACCUAUGGUAGUACAUACACUCUGACAACUGGUAGACAUAACCAUAACACCCUAGGUAGACACUACACUCUGUGAAACCCAUAUGGAGUCCUAACCUGAAACUAGGUAGACACUACCAUACAACACUAGGAGACACACACCUCUGACGCAUAUGGUGACAUACACCUUAUGACACACAACUAUGGUAUGAUCACUACACCUGAUAAACACCAGCUGGUAGUCAACACCUCGUAACACAGCCUAUGGUAGUACAUCACCCUGGUAAGACACACUAUGGUAGAGGGAUCAUUGUGACAACACAUGGUACAGUUAUCCAGAAUGAUAUCCUCGAGUAGUGUGUGUGUAUGUGUGUGCACUUGUGUUCAUGCAUGUGUGUGGUGUUAGUGAUUGGCAGGGUGUGUGUGGGAGUGGUAAUCCAUUGACUCAAGGGAGGUGGGGUAGCAGACAGCAGCUUAAUGGAAUCGAUAUGUUCCUGUGAGGUGGUCUGACUGUUAAGCAUGAACAUAUCCCAGGUAGGGCCUCCUGGACUGCUGCUGCUGCCUUUCAUUUGGAUUCCUCCUGUGAUGGGUGGGAACAUACACACACACACACACACUGACUGCUUUAUUUGGUCAAUAUCCUUAUUGCCGGCCUUGCUUAGAUACUCACACUGAUAAUAACACCAAGGGGACGUCACCUCCUAAUAAAACUGCCUCUCUUUGAAUCAGCUCUGAGAGAGAGGGAGAUAAAAUGAUGGGGGGGAGAGGAGAGGGAGGCAUUGUGAGAGGAGAGGGAGAGAGAAGGAAAUGGGGUGAGAGAAAAAGGGGGAAGGCAGGUAGAGAGAAGAAGAGAGAGGAGAGAGAAAAAUGGGGAGAAUGCAAGUAGAGGGAAGACAAGAGAGGGAGGGGGAGAGAGAAGGAGGGGGAUGCAGGGAGAGGGAGAUAAAUCCGCUCCUUCUCUCACUGCAGAGCAUUGAAAUGCUAGAAGCAGAGGCCAGAGCAGAGCAUGGUCCCCUCCCUCCCUCAGCCAGCUGCUACUGCCUGCCUAUCUAGUAGUGCUGCUGAGGCUUUGUGAACCAACCCCAAACAGUCUCGUACACACGCUGCUGGAGGCUGAGCAGGGCUGUUGCGUUCCAUGAAAAUGUUCCAAAAUGCCAGAGAAUGGAGAGAUGGGGGAUGGUGUCCUGGAUAUAACCUCCUUUCUCUGGGACCAACAAAUGAGGACAGCACUGGAGGCUUAGCUGGCUGCACAGAGAACAGCCUGCCUGGAGACACACACAGACACAGCCAUACAUAGACACACACAGACACACACAUCCAUACACACACAGACAUACAGAAACACAGGGACAGUUUUGCACAAUCAGACUCACACACACACACAUCAGUGCGACUUUAAGGUCAUGUUUGCUCAUAUCAUAGUUUUUCAGCUAUUUCACCCAAAGGGAAGACAAUGAGGAGACAUGAUAUGAUCUUUGGAUAGAAGUCUGUUUUCUUGCUUUUGGAAAACUCACUUUCAAGUCUGUCUAUGUAAUCUAUGGGCUUUAUUUUAAGUCCCUAUUUGCAAAGCAAUAAGGUGUGUGUGUGUGUGUGUGUGUGUGUAAAUGUUUAUCAGUCUGGCUGCCACCUGCUAGAAGCUCUCAUUUCCUAUUGAUGAAAUCAUUAAGACAGAAUACAGCAAUCACCCCUCUGGUCUGUUAUUUGUGUCAGUGUGUCACCUCACGGUCCUCCUCUCCCCUAUCUACUUUCUCUCUCUCUCCCUCCCCUAUCGCUUUCUCUCUCUCUAGCGGAGGUGUACAUUGGCAUGGGCAAGCCUGCGGAGGCGACGGCCUGCACCCAGGAGGCUGCCAACCUGUUCCCCAUGUCCCACAACGUGCUGUUUAUGCGGGGCCAGGUGGCUGAGCUGCGGGGCAACGUGGACGAGGCCAAACGAUGGUACGAGGAGGCCCUCUCCAUCAGCCCCACCCACGUCAAGACCAUGCAAAGACUGGUGAGUCUCUCUCUUCUUUUCCCGUCUUCUCUUGUAUCUCUCUCUCUCUCUCUCUCUCUCCAUCAUCAGCCCUACCCACGUCAAGACUAUGAGGAGACUAGUGAGUCCUGGACCUCUUCAUCCCUCCCUUCACAUCUGUUCUGUUCUCUCUCUCUCUUCUCUCCCGUCUCUUCUCUUCCCUUCUACUGCCACGCCAACCAUGUAGUCUGACAGCUGACAUUCAGUCCCAUAUCCAUAGUGCCUCCCAGUCAUAUAGCUCCCAUAGAGUUACUCUCUCAGGUCAUAGUGAAGUGGUACAGAGGGGGGAAGCCCAUUGUUACUGUAACACUGUAAACCUCCAUGCUGCUUGCUCAUCACUUUGAAAGGAGAGACUGCAGGUCUGACUCAUGCUGUUAGCAGAUUAACUUUUCUUUCUGUUCCCCAGCCUUUAUUGUUUUUAUUACAAAUGAGACACUUUGGGGAUGAAAAGGCUGCAUUGAGCCUAAUGAAACGGGCCUUUUGGAGGAGAAGGAGGGAGAGAGAUACCGAGAAAGAGAGAGCACAAGAACAAGAGACACAGCAUCUCUCUAUCUGAUGAGCUCAUAGUAGAAACCCAAUUAUGGAAAUUGGAAAUGGAAGCUUGUGAUUGGUUGGUGGUGAAUACAGAAUAAACCCAGAAGAACCCACCACAUUGUGCUGUGUCAGCACCUCAAGCAGGGAGAUUUUCCAAUCGGAUCCUUUUUUUAAAUUAGCUCUUUCUCUCUCUCGCUUUUUCUCUCUCUCGCUCGCUCUUUCUUGCUCUCUCUCUCUCAUACUGUACAGCUUGGAGCAAAAGUGAAACGUUUAGAGCUUCUCUACUGUGUUGUGCAGUCCAGCUAGAAUGGAAUAAUGCAUGGGGCUAUGGUAGAGAACUGUCUUAAUGUGUGUGCCUAUUCACUCAACUGUGUGUGCGCUUGCGUGCCUGCGGAUCUGUGUCCUCAGGAAGAGAUGAUGCUGAGACAGGAACAGGAUUAGUCAGAGAGCAGAGCAGCUUAUUGACCAAGACCUGAUUUGUGUUCUCUGCUGAAAACACUAUUCUCUUCUCUCUGUGUUCCGUUUCCCAGUUCAAAGUCUCUGCUUUAACUGUGUUCUAGUAGAAAGACAGUGCUCCUGUAUCCUGCUGAAAAUUAAGUAUAAAAAUGUGUGUCUGUUUUAAAAGCCUUACUUUGUCUUUUACUCCAAGUAAGCUAAUCACUGAGUGGAAACCUCCUUCCAAAACCUAUUGAAUUAUAAAUUAGCCUCUUUCUUAUAGAGGAACACUAAGGAGAGCAGUCCUGACUCCCGCCGUAAUGGACACACACACACACCAUUUUUUGAGUCCCUUACUGAGCUGAAUAGUGGAGCCCCGUCCCUCUGACUGUAGUUUGUGUUGUGAUGGUGACUGGACAAGUUUGUGUUGUGGUGGUGUGAUGAUGACUGGACUGGUUUGUGUUGUGAUGGUGACUGGACAAGUUUGUGUUGUGGUGGUGUGAUGAUGACUGGACUAGUUUGUGUUGUGAUGAUGACUGGACAAGUUUGUGUUGUGGUGGUGUGAUGAUGACUGGACUAGUUUGUGUUGUGAUGAUGACUGGACUAGUUUGUGUUGUGGUGGUGUGAUGAUGACUGGACUAGUUUGUGUUGUGGUGGUGUGAUGAUGACUGGACUAGUUUGUGUUGUGGUGGUGUGAUGAUGACUGGACUAGUUUGUGUUGUGGUGGUGUGAUGGUGACUGGACUAGUUUGUGUUGUGGCUGUGUGAUGGUGACUCACUGUACUAGUUUGUGACUGGUGUGAUGGUGACUGGACUAGUUUGCCUGGUGUGAUGGAUGGCGUUGGGUGCAGUGUUUGAUGGCUGCUGGGUGGUGGGAUUGUUCCGCCGUGCAUUGCAUUGGCGUCGUGUCUGGGAUGCACAGUGUCGUUUGUCAGUCAGACUGUUUGUCAGAGCUGAUAAAGCGACGUGGUAAUGGGUCUGGCACACUGUAUGGAUUUAUACACACUGUCCCUCUGUUCCCUCUCUCCAUCUCUCCAUCCACCCCUCUGCCCUGACAGGCCACUUUGUGGAGGGCUGUGCAUCACUCCACCACUCUGACUAAUGAACGGAAAGCGAGAGAGAGAGAGACACGAAUAGGGAUGGAGCGAGAGCGCAAGAGAGAGCGCAAGAGAGCGGGAGAGAGAGGGAGGGAGAGAAUCCAGAGGGUUCUGCUAAUACAUCUGUGACUUCUAGACUGGAUCAAACAGAAUCAGCCUGAGGCUUAGAGACUCCUCUCCUCUCCACAUUUCAUUCCUCAAAUCUUCCCUCCACUUUUCAUGAACUAUUCAUUUCCUCUCCGGACUGGCUACGACCAUACUGUCCUUGGAUCUACUAUGCCUGUCCGUGUGGUAACACAUAUUAGUGUUGCACGGUAUACCGAAACUUGAUAAACGGUUUAUUUUGAGAUUUUUUUUACAACUAUCGGUACUUCUGUCAAAUGUGUCUCAUGUCGUCUACUGAUUGAGGGAGGAUCAAGUCUAUCAGCACAGCAGAAGUCUCCACCGUGCCUGUUCUGUGCCUGCUCCAUUUACUCAUUGCUAGCUCUAGCCUGUCCUGAGGAGCCACUGCACUCACUGGGAGUCUGGGCUGCAUCACCACUCAUGCUGCACAGAAGUUAACACACUUCGAUAAGGCAACACAGCAUGUAGAAAUAUUGAAACUGUUAAUUACUGUUAACAAAACGAUGUCCAUUACAGGCUGGAACACUUUACAAUGCAAGAAGAUACGAGUAGCUUCUAGCUUUGUAGGCUAACUUUCCAUCAAUUCACUACCCUAGUACCUUGUUUUGGAUAAUAUGCAAACCACAAUGCAAAAUAUUGCUGAUUUCAAAGCUGAUUGUGACCCAAAACCUUUUUCAUUCACUUCGUCUCCCCCGCCUCACAUCUCUUCCAGUCAAGAUAAUAUUUGCUCAUGGCUUGAACUGUGUUUGUGAAUGACGUCAUGGGUCUUGAAGCGACAGCGCACACUUUUAUAAAAUAGAUUGCUUCUUCUAUGCAAAUGUUAUUGAUCAGUACAAUAAAAUAAGUCCCAAAUAGAAGGGAAACAGAUUGUUUUUCAUCUGUAGCCCCAUGAAAUCAGCCAAAACAAGCUCAAUAACUCAAUGCAUGCACACACUCCUAUUGAAUAUGCAUUCACCUGUAUUGUAAAUAGGCCUAGGCUGCAUCCUGAUUUACCCAGUUUAUCAAUAGAGAUUUACCAUUCAAAUAAAUUAUUACCGUUAUGUAGUUAGAUUGGUUAAAAAAAACAAGUCAAAUUGAUUGUAUAAUUGAUUCAUUAAUUCAUACAUUCAAAAAUGUCAAAGGUAAUGAUAUUGAACUUAAAAGAUAUAUCUGGAUCAAGUUCCAUUCUGUGACUUUGGCUAAUACCCCUUUCUUUUUUUUCCCCCUGGUAUUGUUUUUUGGUAUCCAGUAUCGUGAUGGUAUCGAGUAUCAUGGUACUAAAUCUGGUAUCGGUAUUGAAGUCAAAAUGCUGGUAUUGCGACAACACUAACACAGAUCCUGUUCCCACAACUAGUCUGUGUUACUGAGCUCUGUGAUAGGCAUAGACGGGCUUAUCUAGUGAUGGUGCUGCAUAUCUUCCAGUUUGGUGGUGGUAUUAUACGGGUUGUGUUGCUCCAUUAAUGCUAGCUUGCUGGGAACCACCACUUGAUAGAUCAGGUUGCAGUGGUAUCAGUUGAGCUGUUGCUUUAGCAGCAGAUGAGUCAGCUGUUUUACAUUGUUGGGACCAGACCAGUAGUUUGAUGCUGUAGCAGUGGUGUGUGUCAGCGCUUUGAUGCUAUAGGACAGUUAUUAGAUGUAGUUACCACUGUUUCUUCUGAGAAGAUGCCAACGAUGCACCGCACUGGUAGCAGCAGCCAGCAACUUUUUAAUGGUGUUAAUGCAGCAGAUAAUGGUGCAAGGACUUUUACUCCUUCUUUAUUCUAUCCCUCUCUCUUUCUCUUUCUCUCUCUCUCUCUCCAUCUCAAAUUUUUCCACUUAAAUGGAGUUGGUGUUAAUGCGGCAAUGGCAGGGCCCAGACUUCUUCUCCUCUUAUUUCUGUAUUCUCUCUUUCCUUUUCACUCCAUAUCCCUCUCUCUAUCUAUGGCAUUUCCCAGGGGUGUCUGUCUCUGGCUGCAGUGCCAGUCCUGCUCCCCCCCCCCCCCCCACACACACACUUUUGAGUAAUUAAGCAGCGUAGCAGCUCAGAGCAGCUUGCUGCGGCCGGGGCCACAGCCGCACAUCACUCUGUGUCAGUUCUGCUGUAUCUGAGCUUUUCAUUUUGGAUUUUAUUUUGGCGUCUGUCUCGUUGGUCUCAGCAAUAAGCAGGCUUGUCACAUCUCAACAGCCUGUCAGCUCGGGGGACGGGGAGCGACGGGGGGCACACAAACACAUACACACACACACCUCUGUCUGUCUUUCUGUCAUUCAGUCAGAGUGCGGUGGAGGGGUGCAGAGUCACAGGGUGGAGCCCCUUCCUCGGACAGGAGAUGGCUCUCCCUGGCCCCUAACUGUGCUGACUGCUCUCUUCUCUCUCUCGCUCUCUCUAUUUCCCUCUCUCUCUCUCUCUCUUUCUCUCUCCUCUCUCUUUUUCUCUCUACUCUCUCUCUCUCCCUCUCUCUCUCUUUGUGUGUGUCUCUGUGUGUUUGUCUCUGUCUGUUUGAGCCCGUUUCUCUCCAUGAAGCCUUGGGGAAAGAGCCUCAAGGUUACUCUGUGAAGGAUUUAGCUAUCUGCUGUAGCGACAAUGGCUGACCUUUUUGUGUUAGUUUAACAGUUACUUAGCCUGGUUUUUAAAGGCUGGCCGCUUUGAGAAGUUAAUUGAAAGGAUGAGAUUACAUGAGUGUAGGAUGUGACUAAAUGGAGUGUGUGAUUGUACAGUUCACUCUGUGUGUGUGUGUGUGUGUGUGUGUGUGUGUGUGUGUGUGUGUCACUAGGACGGAGUCAGCUGGGCAGUGAUAAACAGAAGGGUUUAGACUGACUCCUCUCUCUGAGUCAGUGUUACAGACUGUAAAGCUCUCCCCCUCUCUCUCUCCCUCCCUCUCUCGCUCCCCCUCUCCCCUCUCUCUCUCUCCCACUCUCUCUCCCUCCCUCUCUCUCUCUCCCUCUUUCCUAGGGUCUGAUCCUGCACCAGCUGCAGCGAUACAGCCUGGCAGAGAACAUCUUUCACCCCCCUUUCUCACUCCUUCAUUAUGUCACUCACACACUCCAUCUCUCUCCCUCUCUUCUAGGGUCUGAUCCUGCACCAGCUGCAGCGGUACAGCCUGGCAGAGAAGAUCCUUCGGGACGCGGUGCAGGUGAACUCGACGGCCCACGACGUGUGGAACAGCCUGGGGGAGGUGCUGCAGGCUCAGGGCAACGCUGCCGCCGCUACA